GGUAACCUAGUAACGGACGACACCAUGUUCGGGGCCUGAAAAAGCCGACGUUGGGUAAGAAAUUAUAAACAAAGGUGUCCCGAUUUAUCGAUUUGGGCAGAGGGGAUUAUGGGAUCGUGAUAAAAUAUCGAUGUAGUGUGCGUGUGUUCCUUGCAGAGGCUGUGUUAAUGGUGGUUGAAUCGUUACCUAGCCUGUGUUUGAGUGGGCUGCACUCUCCUAUCAGCCAGCUAUUUAUAUAUGGCAUUAAUGAGACAACUGCUGUUGGUGUGGACUUUCUUUGGCUAGAUAAUCAUAAUGCAAAGUACCUGGCUGAGCAUCAUGGGAAAUGUAGUCCACAUCAGUUGGAACUCCAAAGUAUGCAUUUCCCUGUUGUAAGUAGUAUUAGUAUGUGUAAAUAUUCUUGCAAAAUGGAGUUCAUUCACCAAACUUCAUAUUGUAGAGAGUCUUAACCUUAAUGGGAAAUUGAAGAUUUAGAUUGAAAAUGUUCGUUUAGUAUGUAUUUGUGUGUUCGUUAUAGUUAAACAUGGGAACUAGGUUAGUAAACUAAAAACUGUUUUGCUAUUUUACUAAAAAAAAAAAAAAAAAUUCUGCCAUAACAGCUUGUAAUUGCUACCAUAUUUGACAUUUGAGUUUAUCCACUAAACCUGGUAUUACUGAAAACGGAAUAACAAAAUGUAGUCAAUAACAGCUGAUUUGAGAAAAAAAAACAAAAAAACAUUAACACAGCAAUACAUACAGCUUGGCUAUUGUAGCCUAAAUUUUGCAAUCCAGUUUGCAUUGUGCUUGUCUUUGGGAUAUUAUGUAUAAAGAGUGAAUCUGGGGCAAAGUUCUAAAAGUGUAGCAGUCACCAUAGAAACCAAUGGAAUGUUUCUGCUCAUUGUUUCACUUUUAGAACUUUGCACUAUAACUACUCAUUAUACAUAACUACUUUAGUAUUUAUUGAAAAAAAACCCAACAAUAUUAUUUUGGUUAUAAACUGCAAUCAUAUUUAGCUUGUGUCUUUCUUAUUUAAGGGACUACUAACAAUUUCAUAAUCCCUUAUCUAAAUACGUUUAUUUGUAUACUUGGAUUGGGAAACUUGAAUCUAUUAUUUUAAAAUAUACAUUUGAUUGGGUAUUCAUCUAUUCCCAGAUCUGUAUUUUGACUUCUUGAUAUGAAUAUUAUAAAGGGAGAACUGGAUUUCGAUUGCAAGGCUGUAGUCUCUAAAUCUCGUCCCGGAAGUCGUAUUUCAAGUUCACGUUAUGAAGAUAAACCAAGAAUAAAUCCUGUUACUGGAUCUUUGGAAGUAUUAACUCCUGAGCUGGUGUCCCAGGUUAGAAAUACCUAUUCCGAAAUUUGCCUGAUCAAAGUCAAUAGUCCUUAAAAAAGAUCAUCAAAUACAUCCCCAAAUAAAUUAAAAAUCACUUUUUAAGUGUUCUUGCAUAGCAAGACCACUUAAUGUUAUCUCACAUAUAUAUUAUUAUUAUUAUUCUUAUUAUAGCCAAAUUUACCACCCUAACUCCUCCCACAGUUUUUACACUACAUAGACAGUAAUAUACCGAAACGUGUUCCCGAUUGGAUUGCUAUUACUUUGUGGAACGUUCCGCCGAAUCGUUCACGGAAUAUCGUCUUUCUUGUGGCGAAAUUGGUCCCAUAGGAAUGAAUGGCAAAAUGUUCAAAACUAGAGUGGGCACUGGCAAAAGCUGAAAAAUCAGGACAUGAUUUCUAAACUGCCACCACUCCCUCAUUUUCAAGCCAACCUACACAAAUCUUAUAUAAAACGUUCAGCUAUCCCUGCUGCCACUAAAAAUGUCCACGGCUAAGCCAUAGUCCUGAUAGUUUUCACAACAUGACCAUUUGUUUGCAACUCAUGCCGUCCAUUGACAUUCAUUGAAACUCCACUCUAGUCAUCUCAAAUUUGAAGGGCAAUUUCUAAACUGCGACUGUGCCUUCAUUGUUAAUAUUUCAGAGACAUACUGAAAAAUCAAAAUGUAGGCCUGGGUCUUGUGAUUCUCACAAUAUAAAGCUCUUCGCUGUAGGAUGUACAGUUUUUAAAAUACGACCAUUUGAAGAUGGCAACCGCCAAAAUACUCUGACCUGUGCCAGGCUGGAGCAGCAAGUGAUGUCAUAGACAGGGCCUUUUGUACACCUGCAAAUGUUUUUAUAAAUGUAUGUUUUAACCCCUUAAGGACCAAACUUCUGGAAUAAAAGGGAAUCGUGAUGUCACACAUGUCAUGUGUCCUUAAGGGGUUAAUGUAACUGUGAAGCACUUUGGGCAACAACGUUACAAUUAAAUGUGCUAUAUAAAUACAAGUUGAAAUGCAUUUCUCAGUCUAUCAAGCUUGCCAUGUGCACUUUUUAAAUUUGAUCAGUCAAUUGGUUAGUGUAAUGUUUACUAUCUUUACUCACUACAAACACUCCACACAGUUACUCUGCCCAGUCCAACUUUUCCACAGUUACUCCAACCACACAACAGUUACUCAAGCCACUCCACCCAGUUACUCCGCCCACUCCAAUUGUAGACUACUGGUGGAGGCAAGAACACUUCAUACAAUUUCGCCAGAAAUUGUUGCUUAUCUAGUGAGUAAAUAUAGUCACAAUGGAAACAUGCAUGCAUUUAAUAAUGCAUUUUUUCAUUGGGAGUAUAUGUAGAAAAUGUUCGCAAAAGCUGCAGAUCUCUUGUCUGCUGCUUUUGUGCCUUUGCAAGCUCCCCAUUCUAACUCAGCCCAGUCUUUCUUUGGCUGUUCAAUCACAGGAUUCUCAAUACAGCUCAAUAAGGAAUCUUUGCAAAGAAGGUACACUAUGCAAUUGUCUGCCUCUUGAGUUUAGCUCCACUGAGCUAAACAAACCAGUAAGUAUAAUGGCAGUUUGUCUAAUUGACAGCCAAGGGACUGUAACAAGUUAAUUAUAAAAGUGCCAAUUUUUCUUGUUCUAUUAUUAUCUGCACUUUUUAUACAGUGAAAAAAGAGGACACAAUGUUGACGCAUAAAUGGUCUAUAGUGUCCCUUUAACCUCUUCACUGCUGAGAUAAUUUCAUUGAGAAAUAAGGAUACAUUUUUUCAACAUGAGAUAUAUAGCUAACAAAAUAAAAUAAAAUCUACCAAUUGGUUACAGUUACCUAAAAUAAAAUAAUGCAAAUGUACAGAAUUUUUUUUUCCAGUUAUGCAUUAAUUCUUUGCAAAUGUAUAGGCUGGUUAUAACACAUAUAUUAUUUUGUGUUUCUUUUUCUGUACAAUAUAUAGGUGCUGAAAACUUUUGUGAACAGAUAAAACCUGCGUGAUACCUUGCUUUUGCUUUCUCUUUGUAUUGAAUAUUUUUAUUAAAGGACACUAUAGUGUCAGAAAAAAAAACUUGUUUUCCUGACACUUUAUAAUCCUUAGGUUCCCCUCCACCCUCAGGGCCUCCCUCCCACUGGGCUGAAGGGGUUAAAACCCACUCACCUUUAUCCAGCACCAGGCUCCCUCGGUGCUAGUGACCUCUCCUCCAAUUUAAGAUAGAACAAAAAAAUUGAAUCCGCAUGGAAAACGGGACUCAAUGCUGGUUUUUAUAAAGAAAGGGGAAAAGUGAAAAAUAAAGACUGUAACAAGUAACAGAUAGCUUAGAGUAAGGUAAGUGGGGAAAAGAUGCCAGAGUUCUCACAGUAUAUCAUUCCAAAGUAUCCAUAAAAAUAGUAACUUAAUUGAUAUAGGCCAGUGAUGGCGAACCUAUUGCACGCGUGCCACAGGUGGCAUGCCGGGCCCUCUCUGUGGGCACUCGACCAUAGCUCGCCCUCAAUGCAGAGUAGGCACCUGCCUGCCCAAAAUGGCAGGUGCCUACUCUGCUUCCGUGUCGGGAGGACAGGGGGAGUGAUCUGAGAAGCAGCUCUCCCAUCCUCCCGCGAGCAAUCAGUGGAGUGUUGCCGCGCGUUAACAUGGUAACACUCCACACAGCAUCGCGCAGGCUGGCGGGAGAGCUGCAGGACCUGUCCCUCUUACCACCACUGGACCACCAGGGAUUUAUGUGUCCCCCCCUCCUUUACAUAAGGUAAGCAGAAGGGAGGGGGAUACAGAUUGUAAUAAUAUAUUUGCAGCAGCCCUCCCCACACAGCAUCCCUUUAACACACAGCACCCCUCUCAUACAGAGCACCCAGCACCUCCCCCCCCCCCACACACACAGCACCCCUCUCACACAGAGCACCCCCCCCACACACACAGCACUCCGUCACACACACACACAGCACCUCCCCACACACAGCACCUCUCACACAGAGCACCCAGCACCCCCACACACACAGCACCCCUUUCACACACCCCACACACAGCACCCCCACACACAGCAUCCCUCUCAGAGCACCCCACCCCACACACACAGCACCCCCACACACAGCACCCCUUUCACACACAGAACCCCUCUCACAGAGAGCACCCAGACCCCCCACACACACAGCACACCUUUGACACAGAGCACCCAGCACCCGCCUCCACACACACAGCACCCCCUCUCACACAGCACCCCUCCACACAGCACCCCACACAGCACCCGUCUCACACACAGCACCCCCGCACACACAGAGCACCCCCCCACACACAGCACACACACACAGCACAGCACCCCCUCUCACACACACACAGCACCCCUCUCGCACACACUGCACCCCUCAUACACAGCACUCCACACACACUCCGCACCCGUACACACAAACACAUACACUUCACCCCUUAAUGCAGCAUGUGUGUGUGUGUUUGUGUGUAUGUAUUCAGCAGUUUGUGUGUACUCGGCAGUCUGUCUGUACUCAGCAUUCUGUCUGUGUGUGUGUGUAUUCAGCAGUCUGUCUGUAUGUGUACUCAGCAGUGUGUGUAUUCAGCAGUCUUUAUGUAUUGAGCAGUCUGUGUGUUUGUUUGUGUGUGCGUGUAUGCAGCAAACUGUGUGCAUGUAUUCAGCGGACUGUGUGUGUGUCCGUGUGUAUGUAUUCAGCAGUCUGUGUGUAUGUAUUUUAUGUAUGUAUUGCAUUUGUUGAAGAUACUAAUAAAUAUAAGCCUAAUUUUAUCUAUAAUUUUAAUUUUUAUUCCUGUGAGUUGUGUGUAGGCAGGGCCCCAGUGCACUGCUUUGCCCGGGGGCCCAUAAUGUUGUUAAGGUGGCACUGGUGGGUGGGUGGAAUGGAGGGCUGCGAGGGAGCACUGACUUACGUGCUGUUACAGCACUGCGCCCUCCAUUGAUGCCGCCGGGAGACAUGAAAUGACGUCAAUCAGGCGCCGCCGCCGCAUUGAUGUAAUUUCUUGUUUUGCCGGCAGCAUCAGCAGAGGGAGCAGUGCUGGAAAAGCACGUAAGUCAGUGCUCCCUCACACCCACACCCCCUUACAGCAGCUGGAAGGAGGUAGGAAGCCUGGGAGGACUUCAAACUCCCACCCGCACCAAAAAAAACCAACACAUUAUUUAUGUGCUGGUAGGGAGAGGGGGAUAUACUGGGGGAGGGGGGAUAUGCUGGGGAAGUGAGGGGAAGAUGCCUAGGGGAGAGAAGAGGGGAAGAUGCCUAGGGGAGAGAAGAGGAGAUGCUACAGGGAGAGAAGAGGAGAAGCUGGGGGAGAGAAGAGGAGAAGCUGGGGGAGAGAAGAGGAGAAGCUGGGGGAGAGAAGAGGAGAAGCUGGGGGAGAGAAGAGGAGAAGCUGAGGGAGAGAAAAGGAGAAGCUGGUGGAGAAGAGGAGAUGCUGGGGGAGAGGAGGAGAUGCUGGGGGGAGAGGAAGAGGAGAAUCUGGGAGAAAGGAGUGGGGAGAAAGAGGAGAAUCGGAGGAGAUUCUGGGGAUAGAAAGGGGAGAGGAGGAGAAUCUGUGGAGAGGAGGAGGAGGAGAUGCUGGGUGGAGACGGGGAUAUGCUGUGGGUAGAGAAGGGAAGAUGCUGGGGGGAAAGAAGAGGAGAAUUAGUUCGGUCAACUGUACGAGUUGUUUUUUCUAAACUUAAACCUCAGUAUUCAGGUUUAAUUGCCGUGUUGGCACUUUGAGGGUAAAAAAGUUGGCAUGUAUUGGGGUUUGGGCACUCCGGCUCAAAAAGGUUCGCCAUCACUGAUAUAGGCAAUACACAAAAGUGAUGCAAAAUUAAAGGCUGCUGAGCAACCACGUUCUACAUAAAUUAUAAAAAAGUGAUGUAUCAUAGAAUAAUAGCCAUAGUCCUAACAAUGAAGGAGAGGGAGGAGGGCUGGUAGAUUGGCACUGUAGUCAAACCUCAAUAAUGGCUACUAAACCCAAGCAGAGGUAAAUACCAAAUGCCAGGGAAAGUCCACUAAGUAGUGGAUAGACUCAUAUAUACAAGACUUGGGGGGUCAGUAAUGACGGCAUAUAUAGGCUGCUAUUUGGCUUAGGGACAGGCAGGUAGAUUAAAGAGUAGCGGUAGCAUCAAUAAUAAAGACGCACAUAAAGUAAAAAUAAUUCUUAUAAUAGGGAGCAAGAAAAUAAUAAAAAUAAAGAUAGAUGCUGAGUUAUCCCCUAGGAUUCAAUAAAACCGCUUAAUCAGUAUACAGCAAAUCUGCAAAAGCACUACCUACUAGACCCUACUACUCCUAAAGCAACACCUUCGAGGGUGUUCUAUACUUGUCCCUAAGAUCUGAGUGGUACAAACUUGAACCUCCCAAACCACCCCACAAAACAAAAACUCUGAGCAAAAAUAAUAAAUUGAGUGCUAAACACCAAGUGCCUCCAUAAGUGGAUUAAAAAUAAAUAUUUGAGAGAAACCUGAUGCGCAUUUCGGUGCGUCUAACUGCACCUUCGCCAGGGGCUCUCCUCCACCUCCGACAUGCGCAAUGCUUUCCUAUAGACAUUCUGCAUUUCUUUUAAAUUGCAAUGUUUUCAAAUGCAGGGUUAAAACUAGAGGGACCUGGCACCCAGACCUCAUUGAGCUGAAGUAGUCUGGGUGACUAUAGUGGUCCUUUAAUGAAUUCACACACAGUGCCUACACACACACAACGCCUACACACACACAGCGCCCACACACACAGCACCCUCACACACAGCAGUAUAUGUGUGUGUGUAUGUAUAUAUAUGUGUGUGUGUAUAUAUAUAUAUAUAUAUAUAUAUAUAUAUAUAUACGCGGCGUGUGUGUUUGUGCUUCAGGGUGCACACCCUUUUGCAAUAGGCUGCGCACGCCUAUGUUUAGCAAUGGCAUUCAAUAUUAAUAUAAAUAUUUUAGGAUACAAUGAAAUUAGAAUGUAGAUAAUAUGAAACAGGAUGUAGAGAAAGAAGGCAAGGCAUCAAAGUGGAAGUGAGAACGAAAGGCAAAGAGAGAAGAGAAGAAAUAUAAUGAAGGGGCAGGGAGAAGAUGGAUCCCUUUUCCAUUCUCUCUCAUUCCGUCUGAGCCUUUCUCCAGGCCAAGGCUGAUAGACCUAUAAAAAUAGAAGAGACCAGUAAUUUAUGGUACAUUGCAAAUUACUACUGCACCCUGUAUAUUGCACUAAUAUGUACUGAAUACAAUAAAAAUAUAAUAAAAUAGAAAAUGAAACCUGCCAGCACAGAAGUUAAACCAAAACAAAGUGCAUACACUAAAUUCAACAGAGAGCCUGAAGCUUUUGCUUAGGAGCUUUGGUUAGCUCUGCCGUGUGAAGUCCUAUGCAGGGCUGGCCCCAGUGCAGGCCUAGCUCAUUGGCUGAGAGAGGUGUAGUGGUUAUGGUGCUUGAGGUGUUGUUUUAAUUUAUUUAUAUAUAUAUUUUUAAUUUCAUCACGAAAUGAAAAUGAAUCUCGCUACUUGCCAUAUAUUACUCUAGAUGCAAUUUUGUGAAAUGAAAGUAUCAUCAGAUGAUGGACGAGGGACUCCUGGAGAAGAUAGACAAGGGAACCUUCAUGGAGAAAAAAUGCCUCAAAGAAAAGAAUACGUAGAGAACUCUGAUGAAAGUAUUUCAGAAAAUAAUACAAAUGGAGAUGAUUUCGAGGACAUUUUUCAACUUCCAUUCUCUCCUGUGAAUAUAACAGGUAUUAUAAUUGCUUACUCUCAUUUCACAUUACAGUUGAAAAAUUACAAAUCAUUUUUGUAUUUUUUUUUUAUUUGUUUAUGUGUAGUAAUUAAUGUAGCAAACAAAUCUUUAUUUAUACGUUUCCCUCCACCUCACCUAAAAUGUAAUAUUGUCAAAGCCCGCUCUGAUUAUUUACAGGGUCCUGGAAUCUGGAGACCAAACCAUCCAUGUGGAUUAGUGGGAUUCUGCUUUGCUGAUUGUGGCUGUACUAGGCUACUUUCUCACUACUUUGUCCCAUGUCACACCAACAAAGCACCUAUGCCAGAGUAACCCAAGUAGUGGGAAUAGUGAUUGGAGGUUAUUUUGCAAAUAAGAUAUUAUUCUCAUGUGCCGUGUCUCUGUCUAUGUCUGCAAACAUAAUAUUAAUUUUAUGUACUUCAUCUGGAAAUGUUGUGAUGGGUUACCAACUCAUCAAUGUGUGUUAGCAAACAACCUGUCAGGGUCCAUUAUCCACUAAAUCUGUUAAUUGUUUAUGAGUUCGUUUUAGCUAAACCUGAUGUUGUAAUGUAAUCCCACUAACAGCUGUUUUAUAUCAUCUGCAGAUAAUGGUAGACCCUCUAUCGAAGUACAAGAUAUCCAGGAUCUCAGGGAAUCUGAGUCCCCAUCAUCAACCACUUUUGAUUCCACAUCACCAAAAGGUAGAUUUGAGUUUUUAAGCUAUUUAAUCUGCUGCCCACAGAAUGUGUUUGUCUGAAAGUGUCUUUACGAGAUUCAAUUCAGGACAUGUUGGCCAUAUAGUAUCAAGGAUAUGUUGCAAACAAUGUGGGUAGUUAUAAAGUAAUGGUUGAUUUUAUUCCUUAAUUAACACAAGCUAUAACACAUGUCUGUUCUCCUCUACCACCAAGUUACCUAUGCUGUUUUUGUUUUCCCAAUAAAACCAUUAUGCUUUUAUUUGUUCUUUUAAAUUUACGCUAUUGAUAGUUAAAUAAAGUUGCAUAAUUUGCAAUUUAGCGUUGUCAACAAAGAUUUAUGGGAUCUGUAGUUCAACCCUUGAACCCGCAGUUCUACUUAUCAGAUCUGAUUUGUGAAAGUGCUCUGUAUGCUGAUUGCUGCCACACCAGAGCAUUUAUCAGUUUAAUUAUAGUACUGUUGACAGUUUUAAGCUUAGCAUGCUGUGUACCAAUCAAUGAUGUCAUCUACAAAGUUAUUAGUAGAUACCCAGUCAGUUAUGGUACUUCUGAUGAAUGACUAACAAGGACCUUGAUUUAAUAUUUUUGGAUUAGCUUUCCAAAAACGUGUAAAUUUAAUGAGUGUUUUGAAACUAUUUUAGUAUUUUUCCAAAUAUUGAUAUGUUUAAUAUAUAUUAUAUAUUUGGUAAAAUUUAAAUAUUUUCAAAAUAAUAAUUUAAAACAUUUAUUCAAAAAUAUAAAAUUAUUUGAAAAGCUUAGCCAAAAAUAUAAAAUCAAGGUCUAUAUCCCGUGUUUCAGAAGGUAGGAUAGUUGAAGAGCCAUUUGCACUCACAAUACAUUAUUUAAUGUUUUCAGUAUACACUUACAGGUGUAGUAACCGUAUAGUGACGUGGAGUGAGUUAAUAACCCACUGAAAAAAAUUAGGACAAAAUAACAGAAUAUUGCAGUAUUCAACUGUAUCAUGGUUCUUUACAUGUUAUAAUUAUCGUGAAUGUAACAGUUUAGGACAAAAUAGCAGAAAUAGUCAGUUAAGUUUUAAGAUAGGCUAUUUUGUCCUAAACUUUGAAAUUCACCUUAAAUUCAUAUACAGGGGUAGUCAACCUGGUCCCUACCAGGAUUUCAGGUGGGCGGUGGUGUGUUCUGCAGAAAAUGCCCGGUGGGCUUCGAUGGCCGUGGACCAAGACUGGCAGGGGAGAUCCUUCUGUAGGCCCUUGCAAUGCCCAUGCUGUAAACCCUCUCAGGCUGAUGAUGAGAUCAAAGGUCUCCCUCACCGGCCUGCUGGCCAGCAGGGAAUGGCCUGGGAGGCUCUGUGUUCCUCCCGCAAGCAGGGUGCUCGGAGCGUUGCUACGAGUUACCAUGGCAACACUCCGAUACAGUGCUCUGCUCACAGGAGGGCAGGAGAGCCAGCCUGCAGCCAGAGGAGCUGCAGACUAAAGUGAUCAUGCCACCACUGGACCACCAGGGCUUGCAGCAUUAUGUCCCCCCUACCUGGUAAGAGAUAAGAAGAGAGGGGGAGACAUUAAGAUAGAUUUUCACAUCUCACCCACCUACACACAGCAUAGACCCUAUGCGCCCUUCACACACAAACACACACUACACCCCUCACACACAGACUGCUCCCUCACACACACUACACCCCUCACACACACACACUGCCCCCUCACAUACACACAGACUGCCCCCUCACACACACACACACUGCACCCCUUACUCACAGUGCACCCCUCACACACAUACUACCCCACGAUGCACCCAUCACACACACUGCCCUCACACAUUACCAUGGCAAUGCUCAUAGGAGGGCAGGAUAGUCAGCAUGCAGCCAGAGGAGCUGCAGGCUAAAGUGAACAUGCCACCACUGGACCACCAGGGCUUGCAGCAUUAUGUCCCUCUACCUGGUGAGAGGUAAGAAGAAGAGAGGGGGAGACAUUAAGAUAGAUUUUCACAUCUCACCCACCUACACACAGCAUAGACUCUAUGCACCCUUCACACACAAACACACACUACACCCCACACACACAGACUGCUCACACACACACUGUCCCCUCACAUACACACAGACUGCCCCCUCACACACUUCACCCCUCACACACACAGACUGCCCCCUCAAACACACACACACACUGCACCCCUUACUCACAGUGCACCCCUCACACACACACUACCCCACAAUGCACCCUUCACACACUGCCCUCUUACACACACACACAUACUACCUAUACACACACAGCACCUUUCUCACACACAACACCCUUCACACACACACACUGCACCAUUCACACACACCGCACCUCUCACACACACACACUACACCCUUCACACCUUUCACACACACACUGUACCCUUCACACACACUGCACCCUUCACACCCUUCACACACACACUGCACCCUUCACACACACACUGCACCCUUCACACACACUGCACCUCUCACACACACACUACACCCUUCACACACAAACACACACAGCACUCUUCAUACAAACACAGCACCUCCCAGGCACACAUAAAAAGAAAAGAAUAGAAAAUAGAAAAAAAGGGAAAAAAAAGAUACAUUUCAGUUUUUUUUUUUUUUUUUAAACCCUACCUUCUAAAAAAAAGAAAAAAGAAUCUCACUUGCACUGGUGAACGGUAAGGAAAUUUUACCAUCAACAAGGAUAAAAAAAAAAUGGUCUGUAGGUAUUAAAAGGUUGACUACCCCUAGUUUAUACUAACAGCAUGCCAGUGUAAAGUUCCUAUGAUUAGAUACUUGCAAACUCAAAUACUUUAUAAUUCUCCCCACCCCUCUCAGUCCAAAAAUUCCCAUAUGCUAUUACUUCCUAUAUUUACUUUUGUGCUUUGACUGCUGUGGACAUUGCUCAUAUACUUAGCCAGAAACUUUUAAUUCACUUUAGAUUCCUAACACUUGAAUGUGGAAGUAGAUCACUCUGGGUACCAUGUUGCAUUAUGACAUUAUGUAAUAAUAUCUGUAUGAAAGUGCGCACAGUUAUUGCAAAUAUUAUUUUUACAUAUUUACAUUUGUCCACGAAAAUGUAUUAACUCAAAUCUUUAUUCAGUUUAGGAGCCAUGCUCAUCUGUGCUGAAACCAGACAGGAAAGUGGUAUAUCAGUAAAGUACUAUAUUUAGAACUAGGUGGUCCUAAAGUAAAUUAUAUUAUUCCAACCUUAAAGGGUCACUCUCAAUACCAAAACUACUAUAUCUUAAUCUUACAGUUUUGGUGCUUAGAUGCUGUCCCUUUUGUUUAACAAUGUAAACCAUUGCUGUUUCUGAGAAGCGUCAAUGUUUCCAUUUUGCAAAAAAAAAAUCCUUUCUUGGGUCCUCUCCCAUCUUUCAUAUUUAGUGUUAACAUGCACAGCAUAAUCACUCCCAGUAAGGCUAAUGCUUCCCAUAGAGAAACAGUAGAUUUAUGGGUGACACCAAAUGAUGCACCUGCGCCGUUAAUCUAAAACUACUAAGAAGUACAUCUGCAAUUAUAAAAUAAUAUGUUUAUUUUUAAAGUUGGACUGUUCCUUUAUUAACAGUUAAUGAAAUAGCCAGUGAUUCUGUACCCAUUUCUCUAUUGUCAUGGUCCUGUUCUGUUGUUCUCUCUUCUACAAUCUGUCUUUGGACAUGCCACCCGUCUGACAUGGCUGUUCUUCAGUUUUUAUCCCCCUCCUCAUUAUUUUAGUGGUUUGACGUUAAAGGGACACCCUUAGAACCAUAACCACUACAACGUAUUGUAAUGAUUAUGGUAAGCGGAGUUCCCUCAAAUGUUGUCAAACAUUUGACCAUGAUCAAAAAACUGGACUGUCCUGGCACUGUUUCACUUUCUCAUUGUUAAUCCAAAGCGGUCCAGCCUUAGCAAUGAUAGACUGUAAGUUUUUGGGUCUUUACUUUCACAUGGUGAGGAGACAUUACUUCCUCGUUCCUCCAAAUUGUUAAACUUUCUUUUUUAAAGAAAGUAAAAUAAGUCCUUACUUGGGGAAACAUUGAUUUUGACCAAGGUGGAAUUGUUUCAUUUUCCUUUUCUGACUAGAACAUACUACCCUAGUGAAAAGGACGACUUAAGCAGAGUAAGGUUAACCAUAAGAUGAUCUUAGGCAGAUGAAAGAUGGGAUGAAUGAUUUUGCUUGACUCUAUUCACCAUCCCUUUAGGAUGCAAUAACACAGGCUUAACAAUGUUUUCAGGUUAGAAUAAGGUCAUCUGGUGAUCAGAUGUAAAUAUAAUUUUUUAAACAUACUUAGUUCUGUAAAGUUUAAAGAAAAAUAGACAAAAUCUUUCAUAUUUUGCCUUGUGAUCAAAGCAGCGUGUUCUGCAGCAAAUGGGGGUAAAGUUUACCAGUUCUAAAUAAAUCCCUCUACUAUUUUAAUAGUGUUAAUUUAAUUGCUAUAGAAUGUAAGCUUGAUUGAGCAGGGUCCUGUUCAACCUAUUGUUCCCGUACGUUUUUUGUACUUGUCCUAUUUAUAGUUAAAUCCCCCUCUCAUAAUAUUGUAAAGCGCUACGGAAUCUGUUGGCGCUAUAUAAAUGGCAAUAAUAAUAAUUGUAGCGUUUAUAUUUUAUUAUUCUGUCUACAUUUUCAGAUAUCAAGAAAGACCCAAACCUGGCUAAAGCCAUGGAGAAGAUGAAAUCACUUGAUGAACUCUUACAAAGAAAGAUUGCCAAGGAAAAGGAGGUGAAAGCUCAAGGCCGAGAAAUGAGACAGCGACUUUGGGAAGAGCUACAGGUAGUUUAAUUUAAAGGAGGGGCUAGUGGAAGCAUUUAUGUUUAAUUGUGUGUUUGAACAUGAAAAGCAUUAGAUGUUUUUCCACGGUUGGGUGUACCUGCAUGCCUUUCUUAAAUGUUACUAACAAAGGAAGAGUUUUAUUAUAUCAAAACCUUAGGAGCUUUUAUUUUGUUUCUAUCGAUGGCUAGUUCGCAUAUUCUUAUAUAUAACAAUUACACUGAUUGUAAAUGUAGGCAUGUAAGCUAACUGAGGAGGGCCCUCAACCCCUCUGUUCCUGUGCAUCCACCUUGUCUGGUUACAAUUACAUAGAGGAGAUUAAAAAUUGGGAGAAGCACCUUUGUAAGCGCUAGAAACCUUUUAUCUUUUAUUUCUUACAAUUACGUGUCUGUUAGUCCACCUAUUGUACUGAGCUAUGGAAUUUGGUGGUUCUUUAUAAAUAAUAAAAUAAUAAUAAUUGUUCAAAACAGUCUGAAACACCUUACCAGUAUUAAGUUGCUCUUCCCUUUUCCCUCAUUGCAGCCCUUAAUCACAUCACAUAGUUUAAAAGGGUUUCUUUGGGAAUGCUGUUCCAUAGUAACUCAAAUGAUCUCAAAUUUGAAUAGCUCAUUCCUGAAUUAGAUGAGAUUUAUUGACUGGCAAGCCACUGGAGUAAUCAGAAUUCACUGUCAUGUUUGUGAAUCCAUACUGAAUAAUUCCAUUGGUGGCAUAUGACAUUAUCUUGUUGAAGACAUGUUUUAACAAAUUCAAACUCUGUUGCCAUGAGGGCUUACACUUGAUCAGCUGUGAUGGCCAGACAGGAAAACGGGAAGGUGUGUUACCCUCUAAAAUGUAAGCUCAUUGAGCAGGGCUCUCCACUUCUCUGUUCCUGUACGUCCAGUUGUCUGGUUACAAUUACAUGUCCGUAGUCCACCCAUUGUACAGCGCUACAGAAUCUGAUGGCGCUAUAUAAAUAAUAAAAUAAUAAUAAUCUUGUAUUGGUAUUUGAGGUAGAGAUUGAGCGGAUUGCUCCAAAAACACUAACUCAAAAAUCCACUAGGUGGCACUCAUACGUUAAAAAUAAUCCAGUAAACUUUAACUACCUUAGAAACUUUGUUGAUAUUGGCACAAGGGAUCGUGAAAGGGAUAGACAAUGUACUCGCCUUAGCUAGUGCUAUUAACCUUCUAGUUUAAACAUGGUAUGGAGGCUAGGGGAAGCAAGUUGAUUUAGUUAAGUCGUUCAACUGAGUGGUAUAAUAGCUAACUAGGACUUGAAAUUUGUUGUGUAAUGCUGUUGCUAGAUGAAAGUGACCAUGGAAUUAUGUGUGAUAUACAAUAUUUAAAAAUUAUAUUAAACUACACUUUAGCAUUAGGAAUGCAAAGAUAAAGCUAUACCUAAAGCCAUGUCCCUAAGUAGAGUAGGUCCCCCGCCACUCAGCGUGCAAUACAAAUUAAGAAAAUUAAGGAGUUAUUUACCUUUUUCCAGCGCCGAGGUUACCUUGGCACUGCUUACCUCUCUGCAUCCCACAAUAUGAUCGAGGAGGAAUAAAGGAGUAUAGCACCGCACUGGCUUCCAAUACGUUGCAUAAGAAAGCAUUCGAUUCAAUGUUUUUUUGUGAGCUGCAAAUUCAUGUGAGUUUUACUCGGUCAGUGCAGCAGAAGCUCCUAGUAACUAUCUAGAAUACAACCACUAGAGGUGUGUUUAACCCUGCCAUGUAAACAUUGCAGUUUAUACAAAGCUGCAGGGUUAAAAUGACAGGACCACUGCGCCCAGACCACUUCAUUCAAAUGAAGUGGUCUAGGUGACUUUAGUGGUCCUUUAAUAAAAUUGUAGAUUAUGCUAACAUAGUGUACCUAUAAUCUUAAUUUUAGUAAUGACAGGAGGUGAAUAUUUGCAUAACUCUCUUUACUGACACUCCCAGCAGCACAGAUCAUAAGAGAAUAACCAAUCAAAAAACACUUCAAUGUUUUACAAAAGGACCUGUCACACACAUCACUUCCUCUUUCUUUGUAGCGAACUAAUAAAGGUUAGUUCAAAUGUCCAAAAGUCCAAACAUCAAACAAUUGUAAUCAAACAUAACAACAAUCAAGGAAUCCAAACUGUAGCCGUGUCUUGCCAGUCCACUUGGGCUUUUUCAACGGAGCUUGGCCCUUAGACGUGCCUAAGACGUUGGGUACCUGGAACCCUUCCUGUGACGUCUGUGUCCUGUCUGGCUCCGUGGAGCAUCAGAUCCCAGGGCAACAUCAGAGUCUUGUGGCCUCGUUUGCUGAGGUUGGGGCAGGACCCUUUUCAACUGAGGCAGUGAUGGCGGCAUUAAUCAUGGCCUGAAAAUCUGUGUUGGUGGAGUUGUGUCGCUCAUGGUGGUUGGUCUGCCUGUGAGAGGACAGCGACAAUCAGUGGUAGCAAGAUAAGUGGAGACGCACACAAGGUGCCAGGUUCACAGUACAACUGGGGCUCACCCAGGUAUCCCAGGGAUACUGCUUCACAGUAUAGCCAUCUACAAGGAUAGUGCCGUGAAGAGGGGCUCACCCUUUAGGUGUAUGAAAUGGUGUUUCCCUUAAGUGAAUGGAAGACAUGGUAACAGCCGCAGAUUGCAGAAUAGAUAUAGGAAGCACCGAUCACACUGAAAAGAAACAGAAAGAAGUGACAUUUUGUCUAACAUAACAUAACUGUCUAUCUACUACUUAAGUUAGAUGUAAAUAAAAUAUAACAGUCAUGCCUAGCCGGUAGAAACAACUAUAACAAUCUAUGUAGCUACCAGAAGACGAUAAUACCAUACAAUACAUAUAAUAACACCAUAUAUAAUCAUAGAAUAUCCUAAUACCAUAGAAAAAUGAUAGAAAUAUCGAAAUAUAGAAUGCCCAGGGUGGGAAGAAAUAAUAGGGUGGGAAAUAUUCGCCUCCUGUCAUUACUAAAAUUAAGAUUGUAGGUACACUACAUUAGCAUAAUCUACAUUUUUAUCACAUGACAGAAGGCUUCAUAUUUGCAGUUUUAAAGCUACGAAUUUAGAAAAGUGAAAUAAGCGCGAGAGGACUGUCUGAAAUAAAACACACAGAGAGAAGAUUCCCAUGACCAGUAUGCGCAUCGCAUGAUAUCGGCUAAUGACGCGCUAAGAACACUCAUGACACCGCAGCUCGGCUUACCGAGUGUGCACCGAAGUUGCAAUCUAUCCCAGCCAAAGACAAAAGCCAGUGAAUCCAGCUGACCAAAGGUGUAGUCGAGACUGGCUUAUGGGGUCUAACAUAUGACACCAAAGUUGGCCUAAAGGGGCAGCCUGUAAGGGCGCCGUAACCUUGACAUACCGUAAAAGCGUGUCCACGAAGCACAUUCGGGGAUUGCUAGAAAACGGAUACGGAGAAUCCGAUCCUGCCAGACGUAUAAAAUAAAGGAAACGGCAUCCAGGGAAAAGGAAAAGACCGUCCACGUUGAACACCCGAAUAUCCAAAACGCGUCUGAAGAAUAUGAGGCACAAUAGCAUCUUAAGUUUCACGGAAAGCUGUCUCAUGGAUAAACCCGAAUAAUCUGGUCAGCCUUGAAGAAAAAUGCAGCCCUUAAUCUACGUCUCAGAGACGAGGAUAUUUAGGUGCGGACGGCCUAGACAACUUGAAUCCCGUAUGAGACAGUUCCAGAAAGUCUGGGAACCCUGCUUGACUCUGAGGAGAGUCAUUAGGAGGAAAGACACUCCGUGAAGGUGUAUGUAGUGCACCACCCGUGUCAGCAUUGAGAACGGUGGGAAGGCAUAGGCUCCCUCGUCCAGCCAAAUUUGCAGGAAAAUGUCUACUGCUUCGCAAUUCGUUGUCGAUUCGUUCUGGAUGCAGAUAGGUCCAUGUAUAGCGGACCCCUGAGGUCCAUCAGUGUGUGGAAAGUUGAGAUAUCUAGGUGCCAGUCGCUGUUGGCUCGCCAGUUAUGUGGAGACCAGUCCGCCGUGAGGUUGGUGAUCUCCGGGAGGUUUUCUGCCAGUACUGUGAUAUUGCGGGCGAGUCAAAAAUUGUAUAUGUCUUCUGCCACCUCCGUUAUGGAUCGGGAUCUGGCUCCGCCCAGGCGGUUGAAGCAUUGGACCGCCGAGAAGUUGUCCAUGCAGAGCAGGAUGCCACAGUCGGAAAGUCCCUUCCGAUGUUCGUCCAAAAAUAGCCGGCCUUUCCAGGCUUGCAUAUGGAGUAGCCACCAACGAAGUUCUGUCCGCACCUCUACCGAUAGGGGUAUCCAACGGUCGUAUGAGUGACCUGGAUGCAAAUGUUUUGCCAUCAGUUGUUGCUGGGCUCUGUAGUGCAGAGGCUCCGGAAAUAUCGCCUGGGUCAAGGAGGAAGAAGGCCCACUAUCCGGGCGAGGAGUCACAGAGGAGCCGUAUCGGUGUGUAGAAUCCGUCAAAUCUCCUUUCAGAUGGAUGCAAUCUUCGUGGCAGGUAGUCGGAGGAUGCAGUCUCAGAAUCAUGGGAUUGAUCCCCAGCUUAGUUCUUAGUUGAAUAACUUGUAGUAGGUACCUUAACUGUGGAUGAGAAUCAGUACUGCAGUCUUCAGUGGGAUGGUAGAGUGAAUAUGGCUGUUAAGCUCAGUAUAUUCCCACAUGGCUAUUACACUUCAGUGCAUGUCAUUCUGUUGUCAGCAAACAGCAUGUAUCAGCCCAACAUGCAUUUGUAAUCACUUGUAGCAGGUACCUUAACUGCGGAUGAAAAAAUCUACACUGAGGUCUCCAGUGGUGAGAGUGGAGUUUCAGAUACAGCUUGAAGGUAAGUAUAUUUAUAUCGGUAUAUCGGUAAUACCGAUCUGGAUGGAAAAAAGAAAUGGCCGACGUGAAUCUCGCAACACUUGCACAAUGAUCGGCGCAACCUGCGGUUUUGCGGGCCAGCAGUCACAGAAAAAUUGGGCUGAGCACCCCCACCACUCACACACUGUGGCGAAACUGGCCUCGCCACGUGUCUUUGGAGGGGGCUGCUUGCCCGCCUCUUGCCUUUGGACUAUGGACCAGACUUUAUGAGAAUGUGUUAACCCAGAUAGCUAUGCCAUGGAGCCCAUUUGUGUAGUUAAAGACUUCGGCUCCAUAGCAAUUGAACUGUGUGAAUAGGAUCUGAGCGCUCUUCAGUAGUUUUGUGCGCUCAGAUCCCAGCUAUCUGGGGAUAUGUGAAAUGUCUGUGUGUUAUGUGAAAAGGUUACUUUAUGUAUUUUAAAGUGUUUUGUGUCUUUUUGCAACCAUGUGCUUAAUGGAGUCUUGUGUCUGUCCUGGGAGAUAAUUGAAUUACUUAUCUCCAGGAUAGAAGACUCUGAAACUGGUUUGGGCCAGAAAGCCAUGCUUCAUUUAGUCACAAAGGACUUUUUACUAACUUUUGAACCCCUUGUCUGAUUUGUGCCAUUUUUGAAUAUGUUGUUCCUCUGAAUGGAUUGAUUGUGAAUAUGUAAUUUUAUGUGAAUGUGAUGUAUGGUUUUAGAGUUAUGAAAGUUGGGUAGAAAGUAUGUUUUAACUGUAUGUGUAAUUGAGUUUCCUCUCAGGAUAAGGGGAGGGAAUAUGUGGGAUGUAACUGUGAUGUGAUUGGUUGUUUUGUAACGCCCUGUGGGCUGUACUAUGUUUGUGGAUUGGGAAUAAAAGAGACUGUAUGGGACAGUACAGGGAGUUCCUGUUUUAACCCUCAAAGUGAAGUGUUGUCUCAUUAUUGGGGGAAGGAUUUACUGUAUGCUGUUCCAGUUUGACUGCUAGGAGAGUAAACCUAUUCGUAUGGUUCCUAUUCAACGGUCUACAGCAUUCAUAUGCUUGAGAGGAUUCAUAUGCUUCUCCGGUUCGGUGGUUGUGGUGUCUGCCAGAGUGCUUGGAAUCCUCAGGAAGCGCUAGGAGCAUCCUUCAACGGAGGUACCCAGUCGGGGUGCCAGGUGAUCCGUUACAUUGGUGGCAAGCGGUGGGAUGGCGUCCUAGUGCGAGGUAAAGCAGCUCAGAGACACAGUUCGUGGAGUUACAAAUUGAGGGCAACGCUAGCACACGUGCAGCGCCCCUGGGAGCAAAGGUAUCCAGCGACUUGGAGCAGACAAGUAUGGAAGGCUCUGGCGAUGAUUGGAUGGCCGAGGUGAGGCAGCGAGUGGCCCAGUAUGGGGAUGAUUUACCCAUGGAGGUACGCCGGGUGAUCUGGAACCAGGUCACGGCCGAGCGAAACACAAUGUGCGAAUAAAACUUAUAAAUCAGUUUACCUAAUAAAACAAUCUUCAAACUGUAGAAAGAUAUAUCAGCUAAUAAAACAAUCUUAAAUACAUAUGAAUCAUUACACAGAAUACAGAAUAAAUCAAACAAGUAACAAUAAACAGUCAGAAGGACAAAAUACUCUGACCUGUAUAGAAAGAGGAAGUGAUGUGUUUGACAGGUCCUUUUGUAUAACAUUGAAGUGUUUUAUUGAUUGGUUGUUCUCUUAUGAUCUGUGCUGCUGGGAGUUUUAGUAAAGAGAGUUAUGCAAAUACUUCAGUAAAACUCAACCAAAGACAUAUAUUUUGCUUUAUAAUUCUGACCAAGUCGGAUUCAGUAAUGGAAAGGUUAUGACACCCAUGUUAAAUAUAUGCAUCUAUAACUGUGUAUUACAUAAAUUAUCUGAUAUAAUCCAUGCACAGGUUACUUAAUUCAUUUUUUAUAACAUUUAAUGUAGAUCUAUGUGCUGUAUCCAGUACCCAAUUGUAAAAAAACAGGUAUGUUGUAAACUCCUACAGGUUUUUCAGUAAAUUUUUGUUAAUUGUCCAGUUAGCAAAUUGUAAUUUUUUUACGAAAAUGUAAAAGAAAGGAGGAUAAAGUGCAGUAAAUUUUUGUUAAUUGUCCAGUUAGCAAAUUGUAAUUUUUUUACGAAAAUGUAAAAGAAAGGAGGAUAAAGUGCAAAAUAUAGUGUAGCAUGUUAAAGUUCAGGAAAAUUAAAUAAAAAGUAAUGCACUUACAGUUUCCUUGACUGAUAAUUAGUUCCAAAUGCAUGCGCCUGGGUGGUACAAUCCCCGCCUGUGGAUAUACUUGGUGUCUUUAUACAAUGAGGGAACUCCGGAUGGAACAGAGCAUAAACAGAAAGAAUCAAUAUAGUGUAGUAUGUUCAAUACACCAGAAUAAAAAGUAUUUAUGUAGAUGGACUCUCACAAUUUACUGAGUCUACUAUUGGCUCUCAGUGAUGUGUCUGUAGUGUUGUAGUCCACACACUUAGGUAUACAGGGGUUCCCACUCUAUUGGUUUACAUAGCAGCAAAUUCUCACUGUAGAUAUAUAAAUAAAACAGAAAUAAAAAUAUAUUGUUCACUGUUAAAACAGGUAAAAGUAAUAAAAGGAGAUGUACUCACAAGUGGAGAGAAAAACUUACCCGUAUUUGCUUAACCUGUAUGGCAUAGGUGGUAUAAUCCCCACCAAGAAAUUUUAUGGUACAAUCUUAUGAUUAAAAUCCGGAUGGUCCAAAAUCAGGUAUAUAAAACACAUUAAUUUUAUUGAAAUAAAAUGGAAAAUCAUAAAAGAGUAACACACUAUUUCGUUUCACCUUGUUGACAGGCUUUCUCAAAGUAUUUUUUUAGAUCUGUUUAUUUAAUUCCAAGUUGUAAUCACAGUCACAAACAUAACAUUUUAGUUAAAUAAUAUUAUAUCAAUAUGUCAUAUAUUUCAAUAUAGUAUAUUGAAUCAGAUUUUAAAAUACAGGCUAUUAUAGUUUAGAAUAUAUGUGUACAUUGCCUUUUGUUUUGGCCUAUAACCAGUUAAUAUGUGCUUUUAAUAUAUAAUAUUCUUUUUUCAUUUCAUUUUGUCUUUUAUUUUCUCAGCUUGUAUCAAAACACAUAUCUGUGCAAAGCAAUGAAGAGAUUCUAAACACAAACAAGUUUUUUGCAUUGACUCCACAACUGAAUGAAGAAGAGUGUAAGUUUUAGAAUACAAUUACACACCACAUGAUAACACUGAGCACUGCUAAAAAAAAAAUCAUUGGAUUGGCACAGCGUGGCAAGUGCCAUGCAUGUGCUGUAGAUCUCCAGUGCUUCUAUUUGGGAAGCAUUGGACUGGACUGAGAUGAUCAGUAUUGAUUAUCUAACAGUCUGUCGAUCUGGGUGCAGUGGCAAGAUUAUUCCACAGAGUAAGAAUUAAAAAUUAAUUUCAAAUUGAAUACCAAAAUAGCUGAACUGGAAUCAUAGCUUAGAUAAUUUUCCAGUUCAUCUAUAUUGGACUUAAAUUUGAAAUUCACUUUGAAUUUUAAAUAUCCCUGCCAGUGCUGAAUUGCAGGUAAGUUUAAAUGCAUUUUUUGGUUAAAGUAGGGAGGCCCUCAAUCUAAAACAUUGAAAGAACACAUUUAACAUAAUAAUAAAUAUUUUUGUAAAUUUAGAAUUCCCUUUAAGUGCAGGCAAAUAUGAAUAUCAGCCUGUUUGAAAUUACACUUCAAAUAACUCAUACAUUCAUCUGACAGAGGAAAGUUUAUUUUAUACACUCCUACUUGAUAUUUCAAAAGACCAUAUGCACUAAAGGUAUGAAUAAACUAUAAAACAUGAACAGUAGACAUAUGACAGUUCUUUAAAUUCAGUUUUGUACAGUCCAAAGAGAUCAAAGCAUCUAUAUCAAUGCAUCAGGUGACAUCCUGUGGGAAAAUAAAACUGUCAAAUACAGACAAAGUAAACUGAAUAUUCUAGCAUUCCAGCAGAGUCAUAGACCACAGUCAUAGACUUCCACAGGUUGGUGUUGACAUUUAGUACAUUAAAACACAUCAAAGGAACUCUCCAUUAAAAAAAAAUAUAUAACUCAAACAACCCCCCAACAAUUUAGUAUAUAUACCACCAAUGAAAAUAUGCACAUGAGCAAUGAGCUUUGAGUAGACCGUGUUUAAAUAGGGGAAUGGGAGAGAUGACACUCCCAUAGCGUGGAGUCUGGAGUAAAUCAACCUCCCCGAUUUGAAUGCGCCAAAGGCAACUUUAUGGUCAGGGCACCAUGCUGGACUUCCAGCCCGCCUCAGCACUCUAACCACUGUAACGGAGCUUCUGUACCCAAUACAGAAGCUCCGUUACUCUGGGGAGUUACCUCCGUAGUAGGUGAAUAGUGAAUAUUGUGUCCUUUUCCAAUAAAACAACCGGUUUUAUUGGAAAAGCACACAGGUUUAUAUAGACAGACCCCAAGCAUGAGGUCUCUAUUCAGCCCGCUCAGGCGCCUCUUAGUCUGGGAGAUAAGUGAUCAUUGUGUCCGCUCUCGGUUAAACUAAUUAUCUCCCGAAUACAGAGAGCGCAACAUAGAAAACAUUUCUGAAACAACAUUGCACACCCACAUAUCAUAUGUCCCUGGAGAGGUCUGAGCCGAGCGCCCAUUCUGUAAAAAUAGUGCACAGAUCCAUGAUGUAUUCUCCAAACGCAAUUGGGUUAAAGUUCUAUCCGGCCGCUACGACAGUUCAGACUGAAAAUAGUUCCAUGUGUUUGUGGCCAUAUGCUGGUCAUUUAAUGGGAGCUCUAGCUGCUGCAAGGCAUCGGAGAUCCCUGCUGCUCAUAGGGAGCGAUUUGGUCUCCCUGGUGGAUGGUAGCUUCCCUUCUAAAAGCACCCUUUUAGCUUGUUGGGAAGGGGUCGAAAACAAAAGGCAAUUAUGACCGGGGUGGGGUGUUGAUUGUAGCCGACCUGGAGUUCCAGAGGUAACGCCAGUAGCUCUAGAUGGUGAUGCUAGCUUACUCUAGCUCUCUGGAAUGGGCAGUGGGGCAUGAGAAAGGUGUCGCUGAUUUGGGGUACACAUAGUUGAGUGGGGCUAGAAGUAGGGAUAUAGUUUCUGUCAUUGAUUAUAGUGUUUUUGAGGUACAGGUUCUUUACACCCACUAUUCCCCCCGAGGUCUGGGGCAAGUCCCUGAGUACUCGAAUGCAUGGAGGAGGAUCCGUCAGGACGCCAUGGGGAAUUCUAUGCAAUACGCUGCAUGGUUCCCUACGUAGAGCCUCUGCCAGAGAGGAGAUUGACGGACUUGUGAGUAGGCAUGAUGCGCCCCUUACUCCCGGUACUCCAUGACAAAUAUCAAAGUUUAAAAAAAAAAAAAAAAUGUAUUUAUUACUUUUUCAGUGAGGGAAAGUGCUGGCCAGCCGCUACAUAUUUAACCCAUGUGCCUUUAAGGAUUCUUAACCGUUGACCCGCUAGUGCUACAAGUUGGCAUAUAGUACUUAAAAUUAUUGUUUGCUUGCAUAAAAGUUACUGAAUGAUGUGACCCCUGCUGUAUUAAUUUAAAUCAAAAUUUUAUAACUUUAGGUACUUUGUGUAUCUUCCGAAUUAUAUACUUUGUGUAGGAUUUGGGUGCGAGAUCACUAAUUUUAAUAUGAACACAUAAAAUGCUAAUGCAAAACUUAUUGGUUAUGGUGUCUCUAGAGGGUCCCUUUAAUAUAUUUUUUUUCCACAGAUUGCAGAAGUAUGGCAGCUGAAAUUAAUUAUGACAGCUUUAAACUAAGGUUACAAUUUAUGAAUAUUAGGGAUAUGGAAAUAAUUUGUCCCAUGCACUAUUAAUCCAGCUCUUUGAUGAUAAGAUAGGAAUUUAAUAUUUUCUUUAUCUCUGGUAAUUUAGAAAGGAAGCAAGGCAAAAUUUAACACAUGUAAAACACAUUGAGAAUGGGAGGAUGCAGUGGGUGCUAGAAAAUGGAUGAAGAUAAAUGGUUAUAUGAAGAGGAUACAUGCACUUCAUUCUACUACUGUAGAAUAAAACCUAAAAGUUCACCAGGACUUGGAAAUACUUUAAGAUUUAACACCGUAAUGGAUGAGUUUAUCUACUUUUUUGCAUUAAUUUUUUUUUUCUGCCUGGGCGUGAGCUCACCAUUUUGAUUUAAUUUAGUAUAAGGCUGGAAUUCAGGCAUUCCUAUGGCGACAUUUUUUGGAUUGUAUGUAGAGUGAAUAUUAAGUAAGGUAUGUAAUAGUAAGUUAUGACGCAGUAUCUGUAUGGAGAGGGAAUAUGGAGUAUACAAGGGAAGUUCAUUUGUGGUCUAAAAAAAAAAUUUGUAUUUUCAGCAUAACUAGAGAAAAUUGUCAGGGUCUGUUUUAAAGGGACACUCCAGGCACCCAUACCACUUCUGCCUAUUGGAGUGGUCUGGGUGGCAACUCCCACUACCCUUAACCCUGCAAGUGUAAUUAUUGCAGUUUUUAUAAACUGCAAUAAUUACCUUGCAGGGUUAACUCCUCCUCUAGUGGCUGUCUACUAGACAGCCACUAGAGGGCACUUCCUGGUUUCUUCCUGGUUUCUAGCACAGGUUUUCUGUGCUAAAGCGUCGCUGGACGUCCUCAUGCUAUGUGAGGACCUUCAGCGUCGCUAAAAUCCCCAUAGGAAAGCAUUGAAAGCAUUUUCAAUGCUUUCCUAUGGGGAGGUCUAAUGCGCGUGUGCAGCAUUGCCGCGCAUGCGCAUUAGGUCUCCUUCCGCCGGCGGCCACACAUGCACAAUCGGUCUCCCCUGCCGGCUGACGUCCCUAAACCACCGCCGAGGGACAUCGCCGGUGGUCUCAGGUAAGUCACUGAGUGGGUUUUCACCCCUUCAACAACAUGGGAUGGGGGGUGGGAAGGAGAGGGGACCUGCAGUGCCAGGAAAACGAUUUAAGAAAUUACAGCGUGGUAUCUGUUGUCUGGAUGGUUACCGUUUGUCCGGUGAAUGUGAGCAUUGUAAUCCUCUUGUGUCUGUUUAAGGAGAGUCUGUAUGUUGUGUCUCUGUGAUUCUCUUGUUUAUUUUUUCUUAUUUAUUACUGGUAUUUAUAAAGCGCAGCGCUGCACAAUUAGUGGAGAACAUACAAUAUAUACAGACAAAAGGUAAAGAGGGCCCUGCCCGUAAGCUGAAAUCUUGCCAUUUAAGCUCUUUUAUACAAAGUGCAUAGGUAGAUAGCUUACAAUCUACAGGAUACUGUGGGGAUUUGAGACGAGGUAGCAGGGGAAUUUUGGAAGUGAUGGCUAAAUAAGGAAACAGAGAGUUGCAGCUAUUGGUAGAAUAUAGAGGGAAUGAAGAGGUAAGUGAGUGAGAAUUUUAAACAGCUGGAGGAGCAUGCUAUAAAUUUAGGGGGAACCUGGGUGGGCGGGAGGAGGUACGGGUGGGUGGGCUGAGCCGAGUAGAAUUGUAGGGGCUUGCAGUAGGGAUGGUAUGGAAAAUGGGCCUAGGGAGGGAGUAGAGAUAAACAGUUAUAUCAAGGUAUUUACAGCUAGGAGUGGCAAGCAUGGGGGGAGGAGUGGGAGAGGUCAAGAAACAGUUGUGAUUUACAAUUUAGAAUUUUGCCAAUCAUCCUAACAGUGUACACUAAUAUGUGAGUCUAAAACAUAUGUAGCUAAACAUUGUACCUAAAUAGUAUGGUGAUACACAGUAGCAUGUGGCACUAAAGCAGGUGGUUAUGGGCUACUAGAAUAGGAGGGCUGGCAAGUGGGAUAUGGGCUGCUGCAGCCUCACACAUCUCUUCAGCAGGAAUUCUCCAGGCCGUUGCUAGCCCAGCAUUCUGUUGGUUCAUUUAUGAACUGGUGGCAAUCAAAAUGCUCUCCAGGCCUAGACUGCUCCACUGGGACAUUUGCCAAUGGACUGCAGAUCUCUGUGAAUGCUCACAUAUGCCAGGCAGGUCAUACUGAUGGAUAUUGCAGGGAAAAGCCUUAGUUUAUCAAAUUCACAUUUUCUAUGUUCCAUGUGACAAAAAAAACCCCAACACUUUGCAUGUCCUUCCAAUAAAUCACUAUUGAAGCACUUUGUGCACACAGCAUAUCCUAGUAGCGUUGCUCUUAUUUUUUCUUGUAUUCUGCAUUUUGAUUUGUACUCCUGAUCAAGAUACAGGGGCUAGAGGUGAAAGCAACCAGGAGGUACCGUUCUUCAUUAAAUUUUUUCACAGCCCGUUAAAUUUCUGAUCUCAUUCACACUCAGUCUUGACUUUUACAUGUUGGAAGCAGGAAAAAUUGGCAAGUGAAAAGAUCUGAGUGACUUUGACUAGGGCCAUAUAGUGAUCGCUAGACGACUGGGUCAGGGUAUCUCUAAAAUGGCAAGUCUUGUGGGGUGUUCCCGGUAUGCAGUGGUUAGUGCAUAUCAAAAGUAGUAGAAGGAAGCAGUUUAUUACUUAUGGGACUGCAUAGCUGCAGACUGGUCAGAGUGCCAAUGAUGACUCCUGUCCACCACUGAAUGCGCUAUCAAUGGGGACAUGAGCGUCAAGACCAAUGGAAGGAGUUUGCCUGGUCUGAUGAAUCAUGUUUUCUUUUAAAUCAAGUGGAUGGCCGUGUGCGUUGUUUACCUGGGGAAGAGAUGGCAGCAGGAUGCACUAUGGGAAGAAGGCAGGCCGGCAGAGGCAGUUUUAUGCACUGGGCAAUGUUCUGCUGGGAAACCUUGGGUCCUGGCAUUCAUGUGGAUGUAAUUUUGACACGUACCGCCUACCUAAAGAUUGUUGCAGACCAAUUAACCCCUUCAUGGUAAUGAUGUUCCCUGAUGGCAGUGGCAUCUUUCAACAGGAUAAGUCACCCUGCCACAUUGCAAAGACUGAGGUUUGAGGAACGUGAUAAACAGUUCAAUGUGUUACAUUGACAAAUAGGUGCACAAUAUGGAGUCAGUAAGUGUGAGUGAAGCUCAAAAAACACCUUAAGUGGUAUCCCCUAAACCACUUCUAUAGAAUACAAAAGAAACAUACAUACAUAAGGUGGAGCAUCUUACAUGGGCGUUCAGUAUAUAUCUGUAAUCCUAUGAGUACAAGACAAUAGUGCAAUAUUGUUGUAAUACAAAUAAUCUAUAAUAUGAACAUAUGGAAUAUCAUUUACAAGUCAGGAGUCAUAAAUCCGAUAUGACUCGGAUGGUAAACGCCUGUGGACAUUUUAAGGAUGUCCAGUCCCCUCUUUGGUCUCCUUCCUUGGAGUCUGAGCUGCUUUACUCCUCAGGAUCGUAAGUAUUAACCAAUAUUCCAGAUAUCAGGUGCAUGUAUACAAGAUACCACAGGUGAGUUUUCGAAAAGGAGAUGCUUUAUUGGUAAUCCAUUUGAAAACAUAAAAUAAAAUAUAAGUAAAGAAUAUAAAAUAUAAAUAAAUACCAGGUUUAGUGUCGCUGGGUGACUGAAUCGUCCAAUUACAGUCCAAAACGCGUUUCGCCCUUUCAAACGGGCUUCCUCAGUUGGCUGUGUGUCUUCUCGGUCUUCCUUCCUUUUAAAUAUCCCGCUUGGCGUCUACUUCCAGUUUAGUCAAUUUGGAACGCAAAUGUGUUACAUUGGGCUUCAAAUACCCCAGAUCUCAAUUGAGCAUCUGUGGGAUGUGCUGAAACAACAAAUCACAUCCAUUGCAGCAAUACUUUGCAGGACUUGAAGGUUCUGCUAUUAAUGUCUUUGUAUCAGAUACCACAGGACAUGUUCAGUGGUCUUGGGAGUCCAUGCCUUGACGCAUCAGAGCUGGUUUGGCAACACAAAGAAAACCUACAUGAUAUUAGGCAGGUGGUUUUAAUGUUGUAGCUGAUCAUGGUAAUAAUUACUUACGAUAUAACUCCUUAAACAUUAAACACUCCACUUUGUACCACUACAAAAUGUUUCAACCUACUUGUUUUGGGAUCCGUUCUGUGGCAUCUAUGACAUCAAUUACACUCUACCUCUUUUCUUUUUCUCUUUCCCUCUUUUUCUGCCAUUAAAACUGCUGAGUUUUUGAAAGACAAUACACAGAGUUUAGUUUAUUCAGUAAAAGUCGAGUUGAUAUAAAAUGUAUGAAUGUUUUGGGAAUCAUCAACACUUACCCAGACCGUUGAAGCUCAAUUUAUCUUGGCUGCUUAGGUGCCAUUGGCUCUAUUGCAUUGGAUGCAAAAUACACUAAACUAACUCAAAGAUAUGGUCUUUUGGAGUACUUUCUGCUAUAAUCUGAUAUUUCAAAAUCCAGUUUCCAUCUUGCAUACUCCACAGAAAUAUAUGAAAUUGAACUAAAGAUAUCUCUGCAAAGUUUUUCAGUGCCUAUGAUUGAGUUGGCUGAAAAUGCAUCCACGUUCUGAAUAAUUUAUUCGUGUUUAGCUUGGCUUGCUUCUAGUGAGUACGCCACAGAUUUUAGAGCUAUACUAAUUAAAGUUUUUUUGUUUUUUUUUACAUGACAUGUAAAACUGCUUUUUCUCUAAAAAUUGCUUUUUUACCCCACUAAACACUAGUGACGUAUUUAGUGGGGAGAGGAUCGCAGGAGAUGUAAGUAUUGAACACCUCUGUAGGACUUAUAGCUAUAUGCUCUUGUUCUGCCAGGACAACCAUUUAUAUAAUGUAGAUUAAAAAAAGACAAAAAAAAAACCUAAUAAUUAAAAAAAAAAACCCUCAUAAAUUACUUUUAAAAGAUAUUGGGCUGGGCAAAAAAGUAAAUAAGUGACAUUUCCAAAUUAUAUAUAUAUAUAUAUAUAUAUAUAUAUAUAUAUAUAUAUAUAUAACUCCUGUUAUAAUAAUUACAGUUGCAAGAAAAAGUAUGUGAACCCUUUGGAAUGAUAUGGAUUUCUGCACAAAUUGAUCAUAAAAUGUGAUCUGAUCAUCAUCUAAGUCACAACAAUAGACAAUCACAGUCUGCUUAAACUAAUAACACACAAAGAAUGAAAUGUUGCCAUGUUUUUAUUGAACACACCAUGUAAACAUUCACAGUGCAGGUGGAAAAGGUAUGUGAACCCCUAGACUAAUGACAUCUCCAAGAGCUGAUUGGAGUGAGAUGUCAGCCAACUGGAGUCCAAUCACAUACUUUUUCUUGCAACUGUAUCUUUAUUUGUGUUUUUUUGGCAGGAUGCAGGAUGUAGUUUUAGUAUUUAUACAUGCAUGUUACACUUUUCACAUGCAGUUUUUAUUGUCAUUUCCUUGUCAGUUGUCUGCACACAAUUAAUAGACAAAACAACAUUUGUGGGUUUAUUCAGUAAAUUUAGAAAUGUUGCAAAUUGAAAUCCGAAUGGCGGAAAAGUUGCUUUGGAAAAAUCUUUCAACACAGCAAUAGUCAGAAAUCAGAUAUUAUUGUGUUAAUUUUGCCAUUUAUGUUUUCAAUUCACUACAAAUCAGAGUUUAGUGAAUAAUGCCCUUGAUGUUGAGAAAACGGAAUGCUCAACUAAAUCUUUUAUUAGAAUUUGUUUUUAUAUUUGAAUGUGGGGGGAAAAAUAAUCUAUGUUAUUUAGACAUUUUUAAUGAAGAGUUGAUAAAGUGAUUUAAAGAAAUCAAAGAAAUUAUUUAGAGCACAUAUUUUACAAGAUGCUCUAAAUUAUGUUUUUGGCAGACAGAAGGAGGAAUACCUCCUUGUUAUCAAUAGGUUAAUUAUUUGCUGUUUGAAGAGGCCUUUACAAUUUGAUGAAUAAGAUCCCAUUAUUUGAGGAUAUAGCAAACAACGGUUUGACUCAACAAAUGACCUUCUUCAAGCAUACAUGGUCCUUUCUGAUAUACUCAAACAAACACAUUAAGAAAACAAUAAAGAUGCCUCAAGCUGUAGUUUUCCCAGUAUAACCAUACAGUUGAUAGUGAAUAGUCUAGUAUUUGCAACAUAAAUAUCUGUUGCUAAGUAGGACUGUGGCAUUUGACCUCUUUUUUGAACCUACGUUUAGUUUAUCUUUCUAUUUAAAUUCCUGCUUAAAGGGUCUUUUGAGACAGUUCUUUCUGAACCACGUUCUUUGUCGUGAGAACCAGUUAGCAGAACAUUAGAUGAUAGUUGUUGUAUUGUUGUCCUUCUAAUGGGUGUGUAGUUUACAAUCCAUUUAGCUUGACAUAUCUGGUGAGUUAUAAUUGAUGUAUCUGAAUUAGUUAAGUGAUAAAUAAAUUCCCAUUUAAGAUUCAUCUUGUAGACGUAAUAUUACCAUAAUACUGGAAAGUGGCUGAUAGAGAAUAUUGAGUGUGAGUAGAUUUUAAUGUCAAGUGCUUUGUGAGUUUCAGUUAAAAUAUUCUGUACUCUCAGACUUUGGCAGGAACAGAUGCAAGAGUUGCGGGUAGGGGACUUCAUAUAUUUUAUAUUAAGGAUAAACAAAUGUGAGCCUUUUAAAACUAGUGGAUACUGAUGAUACCGGGGAAUGUAAGUCCCAAUAUGUUGGUGGUUGCAGUCCACAUUGUCUUGCUGGUGACAAAAAUCCCUUAUUUAGCACAAGUCACCCAAAUCUUGUGCGCACCAUAUAACAUGAGUAGUGACAUAAUAAUUACAUCUUUAUGAAGGAUGCUGUGCUGUACGCAUGUGGCUCUGCUACAGCGUCGCUUGACCCAAGUUCAUGUUUUAGGUUGCACCUCUUUGACUGUUUGACCUUUUGUAAUGGACACUGUAUAUUUCAUAGGAAUGCUGCAUAAAAUAUUGGAUGAAUGUAAAUUACAUAUACAUAUAUAUAUUUUAGCUCGGUUCAUAUCUUUUGUACUAUUGUAUAUAGUUAUAAAGAAUAAUAUUGGUAUCACCACGGUUUUAUUUAAAAGCAAUUUACAGUAGGAUCUGUAAUCCCAUUACCAUAGAAAUUGUUACUGUCAGUUAAUAAUAGUAAAUAUGCCACGUGUUAUUCAGAUUCUUAGUGCCAAGUUGAUGUCUUCAUAACAAUCGGUUCAUCCUUUGUUUUAUAUUUUAUCAGCAGACGCAGUCAGCCACCAGAUGGAGGAAGCAUUUGAAUCUGUGUUUUCAACUCAAAUUCCUAGUGAAGAUUUUGAUGAUUUUGAAGAGACCAUACAAGGUAGAUUGAUGGACUUGUACAUGAUCCAUUUCUAAAAAAGUAACCUGAUCCAUUUUUUUUUCAGAAAAGUAACCUGAACGAUUGUAUAUUUUACAACACUAAACGCAAACAUAAUCACAAAAUGAUAUAGUCAGUAUUGCCUAAAUGACUUCAAAAAACACGCUUGAUAAACUUUUCCUUAUCAAAGGCACUAUUUCUUUAACAUUUUUUCAGAAUUCAAGACUUUUAGUUUCACCGCACUUUGUAAAAAAAAUCAUUUUAAACCUCUCAAUGUACUAAUCAGUUUGCUUUUGAAACGAGAAGAAAUGUAUAUUUGAUUUUAAUGGUUAGCAAGAUGUGUAUAUCUUCGUGAAAGCUAUUGAAACAUCUGUCAAAUGAUUCUGAAAGCAAUGAUUAAUAGCAUUUUAUCAGUGUUUGGACCUGUUGCCAAACUUUCAUUUUUGCACAUGCCCACAAAAUAUGGCCCGUAGUACCCACCUGUUGGCUACCACCUAUAGUUGACUUUAUAAUUGAUUUCUAUAUGGAAGUAGAUUUGCUAAUGUUCAGGCUGUAAGUUAUUGCUAUUAGUUAGUACGUUAUGUGCUAUUUAUUUUGAUAAUUCUCACAUUGUUGAAUAAAAUUAUCUCAUUGCUUUCAAGCUAAACACUUUAUGUGUAACCGUUAGCAACAUCUUUUCUUCGUUUAUUUUGAGGAUGUAAGUUUAAAAGCAGAAAUAAAUAAGAAUCCUUUGGGACUUAAGAAAGGAGGUCAGUUUAUAAUAUGAGAAGAAAAUUGAUGAAUAAAGUGUGUUCCAUAUAUUUAAAGGAGAAUAUUGUCGCUCUAGAAUUCAUGCAGCAUUAAAUGUGGUAAAUCCUCUAUUGGGGUUGCUUCUGACAGUACUGAGGAUAGUCAUUGAUAAUAUGAUUUACUUGAAAUAGUAUAAACCUGGCUGAUAUUAAGGAUAGUAAAUGAGUAUUGAAUUUGAAUUAUAUUUCAAUUUUAAUAAGAUAUUUUGUAGUUUUCUGUCAUUGGCUUUAAGUGUGUUGGUGGUUUGGAAUUAGCAUUCAUUAUAAUCUAAUCUAGUUUUUACUCUCACUUUUUUAAUAUAAUAUAUUUGUAACUAAAUUAUCUUUGCUCAGAGGUCUUGGCUCAUUUGUGUUUCUUUAUUUAGAUGAAGUGUCUGACAUCAAAGCAAGUGACACAUUUACCAUUGAAACAAGUCAUGAAACAAAUGAAAAGAAAACUCACAGCCAUAAGAAGGGAACAAAUUUUAUUCAAAAAAAUAUAGAGGUAGGUGUAAAAGGUAAAUUAUAAAGUUAGUGACUUUUAUGCAAAAUGUAGGUGGACUGAGAGGUCCAACAUUGGUCCAAGGACCAAAGGCAAUGGUAAUUGUAAAUUUGACUAUGUAACGUGUGCCUGAGUGAGUCAGUAGACUACACAUAUACCUUGCUUCAUUCCUACUCCCACAAUGUCCACUUUUUCAUUUGCAAAAAUAGCCCUUACAGACAGUCAGACAGGAUUUGUCUGUCAUUCCAUUUCUCCUAGCGGCUACCUUCUCUGUCUUACUACCGAAACUCCAUAUCAAGGUAAGAAUAACAACCCUACACGCAGUGCCUAAACCUAUAAUAUCCAAGGAGAGAAACAAAGGAUAUCAGUAUAUUGCUAGACAUUAGAGUGGCCGGGCUUAAUGCAGUGCCUAUAGUAGGCAAAAUAGUAAAGGCAAGAAACAAAGCAAGGUCAGGGAUUCCAGUGGUACACAAUGAGAACGAGAAGCAAAGCCAGGUCGAAGAAUAUGGAUAACAGAGCAGUCGGACAAGCCAAGUCGGGAAACCAGAAUAUCAGAGUAAGGAAUGUACAAUUGGCAUCACAAGGAAACCACAACAUGGCACUGAAGAGUUGUAAAGCUCAAGUACUUAUAUGCCUGGGGUGUUUCCUUGAUAGCCACUCCCCCCAAAACUUGAGUGUGGGUCAACAAUUGCGUGAUUUUGUGUUGAUGAUGUCAUGAUGUGGGUGUGGCAGAGCUACAGUGUUUGGUUUCAGUAACACUGGCAGAGGUGUCUCAGGGAUUAAAAUUGAUGUAGUGCCUACUUGGGGAGGUAGCAGCACCAUGUAAGUGGUGUAGUGAAGGGUAUGUAUCCUUACACCCUAACUCAGACACCAAUCUAUUACGCUUAGGUCUAGUAGGUCUACUAAGUCAGUCAGUAGACUCCGUAUCAGCAGUGACAGUCCACCUGCUGUACUACCAGAGCCAGAUCUCAGAUACAGCCAGCAUGGAGGUUGUCACACCUUGUAACAAGAGGUCAGAAAAGAAUUUUUGUGCGUAGGAUAAUUCUACACAAUAGAAUCUAUGUUGAACAUAACAGUGCAGUUUAUUUAAAGAAAUCAUAAUAGAAAAAAUAAAUAAAACUGGAAACCUGUAUAAUAGCAGAAGGGCUUAAAAUGUGCAGUCCUAUGCCAGGCUUUAAAAGUUACUCACCACUGCAAACCAUAGCAUACUCUCCAGGGGGGAAUUUCUACUCACCAUCGAUACAUUUUUACUCGUCAAUGGCUAGUGGUCAAUAGCAGUAUUCAUAACAAACAAAUUACAUUAAGCAAUUUAAGAUAAAACACAGAAGGAUUAUAUCCAGGAGUAAAACACAGAGCUGAAUGUAAUGUAAUGGCUCUGGGUCCUUUGAUUCAGAUGCAGAAUUUAAAUUUCUUAUAUACAAAGUCAAGUAAAUGACAGCUAUAGGGGAACAGGUGAACUCUGCCUGUUGGUAGUUAUGAAACCUUUUAUUCUGCAGAUGGGGGCUAUUAUAAUAAUAAUAAAAAAAAAACAUUAUUAGUGGUGUUGGGAAUUUUAGAUAUUAUUUGGCCAUUUUUGAGGCCAAAUUAUCUGCUCUGUCCACCCCCACUAUUUAUUUUAAAUUCCUCCAGCCAAUUCCCACAGGUAAGGGCAUGCAGCCCAGUCACUAGUUUAAAUUAUUUUAGCAGAUAUGCCAACAGGUGAGGCAUAGGGAGGGUUUAAACCUCCCUUAUAGUAAUAUUGGGGUCUUAUUCAAACCUAUAGUUUAUUUUUUAAAUGUAUGUGGCAGCUAGGCAAGUUUUAUUAUUUCAAAUACAAAAAGAAAAGUCCUGCGCUCACUCCCAUCACUCCUGGGCAGCAGCAACGACCACAGUACACAUCAGCUCCAAUACAUAUAGUAAAAAAGUUACCUGCGCUCUCUCCUUAAUCCCUAUGUAUAUUUAAACAAAUGGAGGUCAUUUAGUUACUCCAAUGGCCACUGGAGGGAAUGCCCGCCUGCCAACGUCAAGGCAGACCCCCCUAGACGGGUCCUACUCUGACCCUUCACCUUGUUUCCUUGAGCUUCUGGCAAAUAUAUCUCUAAUAAGACUGAAAGAGGUAUUUUUUAUAUACACCCCUAUAUACUUAUUAACCCUUAAUAGGGAAUACAUGGGAUGAUCGAUUAUAUUAUUUGCCCAUUGGCUGCUGGCAUGCCAGUGAGCAAAUAGUUCUGAUUCUAUUCAUCACGAAUUUCAGCUGUGCAGCAGAGCUUGGUCCAGCUGAAAUCCACACCAAGUCUGUAUUUUGCAGUCUGAAUGGACCUUGUAUGUAGGCUUUGCCCCAUUUGGACAUUAGUGCAUACCCCUGGGUGACUUUGCCAUAUAGGAUUGGACUUGCAGGUGACAUAUCUAAAUGGUAAUAUAAAAUUACUUGGAAAGAAGAAAAUAGCAAAUAGAAGAAAUGAGAAAACUGAGUAUGAAAUAAGUAUAGUAGUAUAAGAGAAGUAAGAAAGAAAAGCAUACAAAGCCAUAAAACAUAGCAGUAGUGAGUGGCCAGUUGGAUGUCUUCGAUGGGAGGUGAUGGUAAGUAUUUAUGGAACAUGCCCAUCCCCCAAAUAUUGGCCAAUUAAUAAAUUAGCUUUCACAUAAAAUAAUAAGCAUUUGGCAUGUCUGAAGUGGACAAAAAUAAUUAUGUAUAUGUGCAGAUCAGGGAGUAUGAAUGUGUACUGUAUACAGAUCAUUAAAAAUAUGUGCAUGUGAUAUAUACAUGUACUUCAAGGAAGAUGUGUCCAUGAUGUAUGCAUGUAUAUUGUACUAUAACCAUACAGACAAUGGAACAAUACUUGUACAGUAACAUAAGACUAGAGGGCUAGAUGUAAAUCAUAUUUCAAUUGGUGCUAUUGUUUUAUCCAUGUAAUAAUAAAAAUAACCACCAGAUGGAGACAAAGUAUAACCUCCUGGCUGUUAGACGGCUAAACUGCUCUUUCAACUGAUAAACACUGAAUAUUGAAGGGUGGCAGUCCCAAAUAUAAUAUGUUCUUGGUGGACUAUAGUGCCAUAAUGAGCCAACCAGCCUGAAGGGCCAUACUGGUGGUAAGUGAGAACCUUGAUCAGGUUUUGCCAUAUAGAAUAAAUCAUGUCUACAUCACCAGUUCCCCUGCUAUGAUGUAUUCAGCCAGAAUAUGAUGGUUCGCUGUAGCAAGAUGUAGACCCACAUUUUUUUUAUAUAACUGGGACUGUGUCUGAAUUUGCCCAUCAGAUGCAUUCUGCCAGUGUAUACUGAUGGUUGGAGUGAAGGAAGUCUCUCCCUCCAAGCACACUGCAGGAACCUUGCAGCAUAAACCAAAGUAACUGAGACCGGCAGUACCCGUAUGCUACAUGUAUGUUGAUAUGACUGCUGACAUUUUUGAUUAAUGUCAUAUUCUGUGAUAUGUAUUACAUUGGAAGGUUGACCAAUUUCAGGCUAUAGCACCGCUCUGUCACGGGAGCCUUAUUUCAGGGACCUGCUAUUAUUAUUAUUUGUUAUACACUGACAAAUUCUACAGUCCUGUACAAUGCGUGGACUAACAGACAUGUAUUUGUAACCAGAUGAGUAGGACACAUGGGAAGAGAGAGGGUUGAGGACCCUGCUCAAACGAGCUAACAUUCUAGAGGUUAAAACCUUGAUUCUUCGAGAGUUCCCCUUUCCCCUUGCAACACAGAUUGAACAUAAACUGAGGGUUACUUAGACUUAAGUCUUGAACUGGUUAUUAUAAUCACAGAUCACAUUUUAAAUGAAAAAGUAUACAAAGCUUAGCAGUAUGUAUAGACAGACAUAGUUAUAAAUAUUAGUAAAAAUGAUUUAAACUUGAUAAAGGACGGAAUUAUAAACUUGUAAGUUUAUAAUUCCAAACUAUAGACAGCGCAAUAAAAAAGAUAUUAUUAAAUACCACAAUUAUCUAUCAUUUACAUGUUUCAGUAUACCUGUCUGUGGCGAAAGCCACUUCGCCACUGGGGUUUGGAGGGAUCUACUUGCCAGCAUUUUACCCUGUGACUAUGGCCCCUUUCAUUUAUUAUGGUUAAAAACCCUAUUUGUACCUAUUAUGACUUUGGACAAUAAUUCUUCGAACUUUCGAACUGGUUCGCAGUGCCACUUCGAAACACCGAACUGCCGGACCACACGCAAGUGGAGUGUGCAGCCUAUUUACCUCCCAGACUGGUAGUUAACCGCAGCCAAAUUGACGAACGGCUGGGUGGUCGCCGUUCCUAUAGUCAAACACGUGGCGGCUAUCUUGUUUAGUCGAACGUGUUCAGCUGUGUUUUGUCGUCAGGUUCAUGGAACUCAAAUUGGACACGCGACGACAUGAACACCACUGAACAGUUACCUUCCAUUGAACUUCGGCUAUUCAAACGGGAGUCGAACGGCUACUUUCGGUAAUUCGAACGGUAUUUCAACUAUUUAAAAUAGAACGGCCGCACAGCCUGAUUCUCUGGAACUGUUUUGGGCAUGAAACCAUGCGUGCGGUCGGUCAAAAAGAGACUUCCAGGAAUUUCCUGAACCCCUGCUCUGAUCUGGGUGAUGUUUGGAUAUGUUGUUCACCCAGAUCAGGGCUAUCAGGGGAUGUAACAUUUAUGGGGAUAUGUUGUGCUUUGGGGUACUUUUCAUACUAUAUAAAAAUGUGUGUUUUUCUGCCUGGAGUUAAUUGAGUUACAUACAGAGCUUGACUCAAUUAUCUCCCAGGCUGAGGGGAGGAAUUGUGUGUAAUGUGUGGGAGUGUCACCUACUGUACUGCAUUAUCAUUGGCUUGUAACAAUUGUCAUCCUGUUCCCCACAAGGUCCAGGUGGGUGUUCCCUUGCAUGGGGACUUGCAAAUAAGGCCAGCUGUGGCACCAUUAACCCUCAACACGUAGCUUUUUCUCGUGAUUGGAGGGGAACUGCUAUACUGCUAUUUCACUAGCUCUUAUAAGAGCUAUACAGCUAUACUCUCCUGGAGGAGAGGUCUUUCCCAUACGGUCCUGGCUAUCAGAGAUUGGUCCAGGGUGGAAGGAAGACGGCGAGAUCCCAGCUAAGCUACGGCGGUUGUGGAGUUUGCGGUGCUUGUAGUGUACGGUGCAAUGCUUAUGGUCCUCAGCGUCAGCUAAGAAGUAUCGAUUGGCAGAGGUACCCAGUCGAGGUGCCAGGUGUUCUGUCACACUGUCUAUCUUGAAAUUGUGGAAAAUGCAUGGUAUAUAAAUAAAUUGCACUAACGCUGCACAACAGUUUUACUUUGCAAGUAUACAACAUGUCUACUGUUAGUAGAGUCCAGUCAUACAGGUCUUGCAUGUGCUUAAGUAUGGCACCCGAAGCCUGCAUAUAGCUGACAGAGACCCAUUACAUUAUUUAUCCCACAUAAUCUCUUUCAGAGUUAUUCACUAGAGUGAAAAUUGUUGAGAAUUUAAAGUGAAUUUGUCAGGUCAGCUAUACUUCCAAUUUAGCAAUUUUUGCCUAAUUUUAAUUCCCCCCAAUGUUCACUGUAGUGAAAGAGGAAUCUUUGUUUUUUAAAAUGAAAACUAUGAAGUUACACACACAAGUCAGAAGGUACCAUUUAUAAUGAAGACAUUCAGAUGUGUAACUAGAAACCACCGAGCUCCGGUGCCCUGCCCUCCCCUCCCCUCCCCCCAUGUGUCUUAUUCCCUCCUUCCCAGUCCCUCCAUGUGUCUCAUUCCCCCCAGCCCCUCCAUGUGUCUCAUUCCCCAGCCUCCAUGUGUCUCAUUCCCCCCAGCCCCUCAAUGUGUCUCAUUCCCCCAGCCCUUCCAUGUGUCUCAUACCCUCCCCAUAGCUCCUUCAUGUGUCUCAUUCCCUCCCUCCACAGCCUCUCCAUUUAUCUCAUUCCUCUCUCUCACCCCCGAGCCCCCUCUUUGUCUCUGUCCCUCUCAUACCCUCUAGCCCCUCCAUUUGUCUCAUUCCUUCUCUCACACCCCUGUAUUUGCCUCAUUCCCUCUCUCACCCCCAGCCCCUCCAUUUGUCUCAUUCCCUCUAGCCUCUUCCCUCUUGUACCUUCUGGCUUUGUGUAGCUUUGCCGAGCACUACCCAAGCUGACAGGAAGUGCUCUCUCAGUGAGCACUUCAUGUAAAACUGCGAAUCGCUCAGUCACGCUACUCAAAGAGAGUGACAGGAGGGGAGCAACACAGCAUGGCGCUCCCCUCCUGCCGUUAACCAGACAACAACGGACCGAGGUGCCGGUGCUGCUGUGCACAGACCCUGAAGUUGUGGUGGCCCAUGGUCGCAAGGAUCGCAGCUGCAGCCAGGUGCCCUGGAGUAAUGGGCUCGGUCGCAGCUGCGACCUCUGCGACCGUGGUAGUUAAGCCACUAAUGGCAUUUUACGCAUGAAGAACAUGUACGAGUUGGAUGCACAUGUGCACCACACUCUGACAGAAAGUGGUUACAUGUCUGCACAGCUGCAUUUUACCUUUUAAUUUUUUCCAACUUGGUGGUUUGAUUAGGGUUGCCAGACCCACCACAUUUUCCUGGUCGUAUUGCCAUGCAGUACAUAUAAUUCAUAUUCUGCAGUUUUUCUCAGUUAUUAAUGACUUGUUCCACCUUUUGGUCUUUUUUAGUGUCAUUUUUCGAAACCCUUUGCCCUUCUUGCCCUAAGACAUGCUUUUGUCCCUUUGCACGCAUGUUUGUGAAUUCAAGAUACACACAAAAUAGCCAUAAUACUAAUAAUAAAAAUUAAAUUAGCUGCACAUUUAAAAAAACAGAAUAAAUAAUGAAAUUAUAAUUUACUUUCUCCUAGCACCCUCAGCAGCUACAAAUUAUUUUUAAUACAUUUUAUGACUUACACAAUUUCAUCCCUCAUAUGUCUGUUUUUUUUAUAUAAACAAGGUAGAAAAUGUUUAAUAUCUAAAAAUGAAAGAAUACCUAUCUCAGAAUGGAACCUUUAGCCCGUACUUGGUCUAUUGGAAAUAUUAAUGUCAUUGUUCAUUAAUGUCAUUUGUUCAAAGCUUGCAAAGGAAGCUGGGUCCAGCUUACUUCUUAUGGAAGACGAGCAGUUACGUUUGGAGCAACUUCUUGCAGAUAUUGACAUUGACUGCGACGAGGAAGACACUAAAGUAAGUAUUAUAAAGAAUUUUUCUUAUAGUUUUACAUAAUGCAGAACUGUUACAUGUAAGCUUCUAAUCUAAAUGAUAGCUGUGUUUUGCAAUUUAACAAGAAAAAAAUAAUAAAAACAAAGCUUUUUAAAUUUUUUUUAAUUUAAAUAAUAUGCACAUCUGUCCAGGCACUAGUUGCUGCUCAAUCGAACUUGGCCGCUGGUGCAGUUUCCCUGUGUGAAACUGCAGCAGGAGGCAAGUUAGAAUGAGAAGCAGUUGAUCAGAUAACAGAAGAACUUGUCCAGACAUUCUCAAAAAAAAAAACAAUAUACAUCAUUGAAAAAAAAUCAUUAAAAGACCACUCCAAACCCAUAAAGCACUUCAGCUUGCUGAAGUGCUUCAUGGCUGAGGAGCAUCCCAUAAUAAUGAGAGUUGAUAAAAUGGCUGAUUUGUAAUAGAAAUUGGCACUGUUAUAAAUAAUGAAUGAAAUACUCCUUCAGCAUCCAGUGAGAGUUCUUCCUGCUUCCGUUAGCACCCCUGAGCCAAUGGAUGUGGCAGACGUGGUCUACUUGCUCGUGCCUGCCCCUCCCCUGCACACCUCAGGCCUUACACGAGUAUCCAGACCUCGGAUUAGUAUGCUGCUCAUGCGCACGCAAGUGCACGGAAGGAGCCCUUCAGAGGCUUCUCAAUAAGAAGCCUUAGAUUUAUUAUUUCCCCCGUGAAGAGACAUAGUCUCCUUCAGGGAAAAAGGGGAGGGCUUACAAUGGCUGUAGUUCAUAAGGAAACUGUUUCAGGAUAUACCCCCAAUGAAUACAUGCAUGAAACAGUGAUUUCUAAUUUUUCUUUCUAGUAUGUGCAGAGGAGUUUUCCUUUAAGUUUCAUUAAAUGUAAUAAAUGUACAAAAUCAGAAGUGAAAGUUUGAUGACAGUUAUCCUUUAAAUAAUGACUCCCACAAUAAGGCAGGAAAUCUACUUUUGCAAAGUGUGAAGUGUCUUGUGCAACCAUCUUCUGUCAUACUUGUAUAUGCCCCCUUUUAUGCUGCAAAUUACUAUUGAGUUGCAAAGCCCUCUUUCUGUUAAAUCUAUAUUAGGUCCAAAGCUCUAUAGUUUGAUUGAACGUUACAUAGUAAUAUUGCUUACAUAAUGGUGCACACACUGCAAUCAAAUUAAUAUUAAUUUAAAAUACCUGUAUUGUUAAAAACAACUAAUUCUAAUUAUGAUUAAAAUAUCUGGAUCAAUAAAAAACAGAAAUCUAAAAGAACUAGCAUUAUAUAUUCACAAAUAAUUGUUUCCACUCAGCACUCAAUGCUGUAAACUUUCACUUACCCCAAAAAAGUAUUGCAAAUACAUUUCCAGAAAUUGAAACACAUCUUAUUGAUUAAGAAAGACAAAUAUGGUUUGUAAGCAGAGUGUGCAGAUCUACUUAGAUUUCGUUUGAAUUUACAAUGAAUAUGCAUGUCAAGGAAUAAUAUAAUUGUAAAUACUACCCAAGAAACAUUUUAAUAUUAUGUGAAAUGAAGAGACAUGUCUACAAUAAUUAAUGCGAGUAAGAUGUACGGAGUCUUUUUUUCACUCUGCAUACACAGACUACUGACUAUUGUGUAGUACAGUGAAGAAUAACCGUUGAGGAGCAGUUUUCCUUAGGUUAACUCUGGUUAAUGGGUUUAGCAAAAGGGUAAUUUAAUUAGCUUGUUCCUGAAAUUCCCCAGAGUUGGCAACAUGCUUCUGUGAGAAGCCAGAUCACCUCCUUGGCAUAUUUGAUGGAAUGGGCACUCACAGAAGCUCAAAUCAGCACUGCCUUACAUGCUAUAUGCCUUCAUAGCCCUAAAGUUCCCUGUUUUUUCCAGAGAUUCUACUACCAUGCCCAGCUGUAUCCAACUGAAGUAAUAGGUUAACUAUUUUAUUUCUAAGUUUAAUGGACACCCAUUAGUUUGUUUGAUCUUCCUCAUGGUUUAUUUUAAUGCAGCAGCUCCACAUGUUCAUACUGUAAUGAUACUCGUCUGCAUACCCCAUGGGUCUCGCAUUCUUUUAUAUUUUGUCCUUUAUUUUCCAAUGCCAAUAGCUUAGUGUCAAGUGACACUGAACUAUGCCGUUUGUUAAGUGAUACUAUCUGUUAGCAAUGUCGCCUUAUCCCCUGAAUUAGUUGUAUGGUUUAUGUUUACGUUGUGAAAAAUGUGGUUUCUGUUGCAUGAAUGCAAGCUUCUGUGUUUAUACAUUGUUAUCUGCACAAAAAAAAAAAUAUAUAUAUAUAUAUAUUAAAAAAAAAAUGUAUAAUUCCUGACCACUUUAAAAUACAACAGAUGAAUUUUUUAUAUUAUGUUUACUUAUCCUUUUACUGAACGCAUAUGUAUUUGUGAGUUUUUAAAAAUAAAAUCAAACAUAGAAAUACACAGCUCUUUAUCCUGCAUCUGGUCGCCUCCAUGAUAGCUCUCUGUUAUUCAUUGUUAUAAGCUAUGUCUUCUGCACCUGGCACUAAGCAUAGAGAAAGCAUACACAGAAGAAUAGAAAUUAAACAAUGUUUGCUCAGAAAGGGCAAGCCAUCCCAGAGGAACUUAAUAACCUUUCUAUUUACACUGUCCCUGCAUAAUCUUUGACAUGACUGUGGAAAAAACUAUAUUUUUUUAAUUUUUGAAGGGAAAUAUGUCCAAAUACCUAGUACCUAGAGAAGGCUUCACAGCAGAUUCCGAAGAAUGUAAGCAUCUUUCAAUAAUAGAGACUAAGCUACUGAAGUUCCACUAUGUUGAAGAGCCGUGCGAAUCCAGUGAACAUGUAUGUAUAUAUGUGAAUUAUAUGGAAUAUGUGUACAUACACAGUGAGCAGCACAUGAUCAUAGCGAGAAUCUUGAUAAAUUAAAGUGUGCUGAUACGUAUUCUGUAUUCAUAUUGAUUGCAUUAUAAAACCAUAUAUUUUAAGUGAGAGCAGUUACCAUGAUGGUAACAAGGAAAUGAAUGAGAUAUGAAAACAUAGAGAGGAGGUUUUUUUUUUUGCCGUCUCAUGGAUGGGACCAGUUAAAUAUGCUUGUGGAAAUGUUUCCUCUGUAGUAUGGUGAGUGAGCUACACCUUGUUUGAGAUGCCAUUUAGAUGAUGAUAUUGUGGAUGAGAGAUGUUUUUGAGUCUGCCAUCCUAGUUUUCUGGAAAUAGUACUUACCCUUGUCUUCCCUCAAAAUAAGUUAGUUCUAUUCUGCACUUAAAGUUCCUCUAUGAUUAAUAUUUCCUUCCUUCCUUAUUCACUUCUUACAUUGUUUCCAAAAAAUUUAAUCAGAGGGGUCUAUAUAGCUAAGAAUGUCUGACCAUCUAUGUGUCCUUCAGAAUUAAUGGGGAUCCUAUAGGCAGAAUGGCCUAGAGAUAUACCAUUGGACCAGUGGUCGCCAUCCGUAUUACCCUUUACUAUUAGAAUGAUGCCAUGUGCAACUAAGUAUAAUAAGAUCCCAUUGUCUGGGACAUGGUUUGGCAAGAACAAAGGAGACAAUAUUGUCCUACAUCAAUUAUGGUAAACCUAUGACAUGCAUGCCAGUUCUUCAAUAAACUCUAAGACGCUAUUCUGCUUAUGUCUAUAGUAGCAUCACCACCAAUCCUGCAAGACAAAUUGAUGGUCAGCACAGGAAAGUUGAAAUAUUUAUUUAUGUAUGUAGCGGAGUGCUGGUCUUUCACAGACUAUCUCCACUGGUAAUCCAAAUAAGGCUCAGGUACAAGUAAUAAAACCCAAGAGAAUAAUAUCCACGAUUAGUAAAGCAAUCCAAAUGACUGGGCGACACACAGCAUCAGGAGCAGAACUGAACUGAGGUUUAAUCUCACAUGCCUGCUUUUAACCCCUUAAGGACACAUGACAUGUGUGACAUGUCAUGAUUCCCUCUUAUUACAGAAGUUUGGUUCUUAAGGUGUUACGCAAUUCUCCCAUGCAAGGGAGACACCCACAGUAAUUAUUACAGUAACCAAUAAAAUAUAUGUUACCUCCCACACAUCUCCUCCCCUCAGCAUGACACAUAAUCCAUGUACAGUAUUUCCCUAGUUCCUGGAUGUACCCAAAAUACAUACACUUCUAAAUAGGGGAUCCCCUGGUAGCCCUGAUCUGGGUGAGUAACAUACUCAAAAAGCACCCAGAUCGGACCAGGGGUUCUGGAGUUAUGGAAGAGUACAGUUUUGACCGACCGCACAGGUAACAGUAGCCGAAAAUAGUUCCAUAAGGUUUGGCCUUGCGGUCGGUCUCGGUUUGUGGAUAUAAACGGAUUAAAAUACCGAAUGAAAUGGCUGUUGCUUGCCUUCAUGUGAAUUCCCUUGUUCGGAUGAGUCCAAAUAUAUACAAUGUAUAUUUAAGUUUGCUUUCUCUCACGCAGAGGGAAUCUGUUUUCCAGACUGGAUAUUUAUUUAUGUAUUUUUAAAAUAUUUUACCUGGAAGUAUACAUUGAGUUUUCUCUAUUGCUCAAGUAUGUCCUACAACUGGAUAUGGACUGCUAUAAGCCAAAGAACACGAUGGACUCUUGCUUACUAUGCCUCUCUAGUCUCUUACCAGGUUGUACCUCACUAACAAUUUUAAUGAAAUACAGGAAAGCAUACAGAGAGGCUUUUUCACUAUUCUAUUGGAUAUGACCAAUAAUGGCCUAAGUAAACUAAACCUUAUUUGAAAAGAUUCCAGGUAUUUAAGUUUAUGUAAGCAAUCUUAGAUAACGUGUUUGCAGAGUUGGCAGAAAAGUAGCGUUUGUGGGAGUUUGAUCAGUCCAGUAGAUGAAUGGAAUGCUGUCUCUUUCAUCACUGAGAAAGAUUGUGUUUACGAGAUACAACCUGCUUUUUUUGGAGUCCUUUCCUUUUCUUCUGAAAAAAAAAAAGAUAUUCUUUAUCCAGUUGGAACCCCUGUUAAGUCAUGGGGAAGACAGAAUUAUAUUAAGAAAUAAAUCAUUUGUAAAAUAACUUAAUUUAAUUAUAUUUUUAAUUUAUCAUUGGACAAUUGUAGACAUAAUCUAGACAUUUGUAAAUUUUAGAACAAUGUCUGGAUUUUAUAGUCUGAAUGCCUCCAGAUGGUCCCGCAUUAUUUUUGUUAAUCUGUACUAAGGCUAUUCGGUCCAGCCUGAAUAAUACAUAUGGUGUACAUGGAGAAAUAUUGUCUCCUGUAGUGAUUAUAGAAUGUGAAGCAUAGAAACAUAGAAUGUGACGGUAGAUACUAACCAUUCAGCCUAUGUAAUCUGCCCAAUUUCUAAAUCCCUGACCUUAUUUUAUAUGUAUGCUAGCCUUAUUCAAUGCAUGCUUAAACUCCCUCACUGUGUUAACCUCUACAACAUAGUUACAUAGGCUGAAAAGAGACUUGCGUCCAUCAAGUUUAGCCUUCCUCACAUUUGUUUUUUGCUGUUGAUCAAAAAGAAAGCGAAAGACCCUAGUUUGAAGCACUUGCAAUUUUGCAAUAAACUAGGAAAAAAAAAUCCCUCUUGACCCCAGAAUGGCAGUCAGAUUUAUCCUUGGAUCAAGAAGUGAUUACCCUACAGUUUAAAGAUUAUAUAAUUGAAUAUUCUGUUUUUGCAAGUAUGCAUCUAGUUGAUGUUUAAGCAUCUGUACAGACUCUGAUAAAACCACUUCUUCAGGCAGAGAAUUCCACAUCCUUAUUGUUCUUACAGUAAAAAAAAUCUUUCCUUCGCCAUAGACUAAAUCUUUUUUUCUUCAAGUCUAAACGCAUGACCUUGUGUCCUAUGUAAAGUCCGGUUGGUGAAUAGAUUUCCACACAAUGGUUUGUAUUGGGCCCCAGAUGUAUUUGUAUAACGUUAUUAUAUCCCCUGUGAGACAAAGUUUUUCUGAACUAAAGAGGUUUACAUUUGUUAACCUUUCUUCAUAGCUAAAAUGUUCCAUUCCUUUUAUUAAUUUUGUAGCUCAUCUCUGCACUUUUUUCUAGUGCCAUAAUAUCCUUCUUUAGAACAGGUGCCCAAAAUUGCACAGCAUAUUCAAGGUGUGGUCUUACCAGCUGGAAGUCUAUUCCAUGCAUCCACUACCCUCUCAGUAAAGUAACACUUCCUGAUGUUAUUUUCAAACCUUUGCCCCUCUUCUUUUAAAUAUACAUUCCUCCUUUACUGGUUUGAUUCCCUUUAUGUGUUUAAAUGUUUCUAUCAUAUCCAUCCUGUCUCGUCUUUCCUCCAUACUAUAAAUUUUAAGAUCUUUUAACCUUUCCUGGUAAAUUUUACUCUUCUCUCUUCUACUCAAUCCAUUUAGUAGCCCUUCUCUCCAAAGUAUCAAUAUCCUUCUAAAGAUACGGUCUCCAGUACUGCGUACAAUACUCCAAGUGACCAAAUGAUAUGGAUUUCUGCACAAAUUGGUCAUAAAAUGUGAUCUGAUCAUCAUCUAGGUCACAACAAUAGACAAUCACAGUCUGCUUAAACUAAUAACACACAAAGAAUGAAAUGUUGCCAUGUUUUUAUUGAACACACCAUGUAAACAUUCACAGUGCAGGUGGAAAAGUAUGUGAACCCCUAGACUAAUGACAUCUCCAAGAGCUAAUUGGAGUGAGAUGUCAGCCAACUGGAGUCCAAUCAAUGAGAUGAGAUUGGAGGUGUUGGUUACAGCUGCCCUGCCCUAUAAAAAACACACACCAGUUCUGGGUUUGCUUUUCACAAGAAGCAUUGCCUGAUGUGAAUGAUGCCUCACACAAAAGAGCUCUCAGAAGACCUACGAUUAAGAAUUGUUGACUUGCAUAAAGCUGGAAAGGGUUAUAAAAGUAUAUCCAAAAGCCUUGCUGUUCAUCUGUCCACGGUAAGACAAAUUGUCUAUAAAAUGAGAAAGUUCAGCACUGCGGCUACUCUCCCUAGGAGUGGCCGUCCUGUAAAGAUGACUGCAAGAGCACAGCGCAGACUGCUCAAUGAGGUGAAGAAGAAUCCUAGAGUGUCAGCUAAAGACUUACAAAAGUCACUGGCAAAUGCUAACAUCCCUGUUAGCGAAUCUACAAUACGUAAAACACUAAACAAGAAUGGAUUUCAUGGGAGGAUACCACAGAGGAAGCCACUGCUGUCCAAACAAAACAUUGCUGCACGUUUACAGUUUGCACAAGAGCACCUGGAUGUUCCACAGCAGUACUGGCAAAAUAUUCUGUGGACAGAUGAAACCAAAGUUGAGUUGUUUGGAAGAAACACACAACACUAUGUGUGGCUAAAAAAAGGCACAGCACACCAACAUCAAAACCUCAUCCCAGCUGUGAAGUAUGGUGGUGGGGGCAUCAUGGUUUGGGGCUGCUUUGCUGCGUCAGGGCCUGGACGGAUUGCUAUCAUCGAAGGAAAAAUGAAUUCCCAAGUUUAUCAAGACAUUUUGCAGGAGAACUUAAGGCCAUCUGUCUACCAGCUGAAGCUCAACAGAAGAUGGGUGUUGCAACAGGACAAUGACCCAAAGCAUAGAAGUAAAUCAACAACAGAAUGGCUUAAACAGAAGAAAAUACGCCUUCUGAAGUGGCCCAGUCAGAGUCCUGACCUCAACCCGAUUGAGAUGCUGACCUCAAGAAAGCGAUUCACACCAGACAUCCCAAGAAUAUUGCUGAACUGAAACAGUUCUGUAAAGAGGAAUGGUCAAGAAUUACUCCUGACUGUUGGGCACGUCUGAUCUGCAACUACAGGAAACGUUUGGUUGAAGUUAUUGCUGCCAAAGGACUUUCAACCAGUUAUUAAAUCCAAGGGUUCACAUACUUUUUCCACCUGCACUGUGAAUAUUUACAUGGUGUGUUCAAUAAAUACAUGGCAACAUUUCAUUCUUUGUGUGUUAUUAGUUUAAGCAGACUGUGAUUGUCUAUUGUUGUGACUUAGAUGAUGAUCAGAUCACAUUUUAUGACCAAUUUGUGCAGAAAUCCAUAUCAUUCCAAAGGGUUCACAUACUUUUUCUUGCAACUGUGUAUAUAUAUAUAUAUAUAUAUAUAUAUAUAUAUUGCAGAAGAAGAAUUUCCUCUUUAGAAAUAUCAGAAAAUGUGGCCAGAACUGAGCGCCCACAAAAUAUUGGGAGGGCACAUAACUAGUACAGUGCGCCGUAGUAGUUAUGGUGCCUAGACUGCCCCUUUUAAUCUAGCCAGUGUGUGCAUAUGUUUGGAAAGAUUGAAACUGUGGUCUAGAUAUUUUUCUCAGACAUCUUGUUUAGUAAAUGUUUUUUCUUUAUUGUGGGAAAAUACCUCAUCAAGGCAUGCUUUAAUUGUAAGGGACCAUUAUUUUAUAUACUGUUGCAGGAUAUUUCUAUGUCAAUGCGUAAUUUUCCUUGCCAGAGAUGAGAUGUUUGUUUUUCCAUUCAGCUCUGAACCAUUAUCUACAGAACAUUCAUGAAAAUCAUAGGUCUAUAUUCUCAAACAAUGACAUGUAUAGUGUACAAUUCUUUUUUCAUUGUAAACAAGAGUUCAUACUUUAUUUGUGUAAAGAAACAGACAAGCACUGAGUGAUUAUAUACAUUUUGAUAUCAUCUUUUCCAUAAGGUAUUGUGAAAGCUUUUGUGUGCUGAUAACAGUAAAUACAUUUGCAGACGUAUUAAUUAGUGGUUUUCAAUGGUGCAUCUGCUUCUAGAUAAUGUUUUACUAGUAACACACACACACAAAAAAAAUAUAUACAAGAUCCAGCUCACUCACUCAUUCACUAAACAGCAAUUUCAAGGUACACAGAAUGUAAUAGUUUUAUUUAAAAAAAACCUUAUCCUGGGCAAAAAUAACAAUGGGGGUUUAGUUACUGUAUAUGAUCAUACAUUGCAUAAGCCUACCACAACGCCAAUGUACCCCAAUCUUGGCAGGUCCUAUACUACCAAAGUAUUGCUUGCUCUUAACUUCACUAUUAUCAGUCUGUGGCCUAGAAGUACAUUUUAGAUUCUAUAUGUUUUUCUUGUUGGUUAUUGGCCAGGCAGUAAGGGACUUUCUUAGACCUCUGACCAUGAUGAAAAACUCAUUUUGCAUAACAUCAUUUUAAAUAGGAUCUGACACACUAGCACUAACAUCAGAGUGUUAUAAAGAACCAACACAUGAAUAAAUUGAAAAGCUUAGAUGCCUACAUAUUUUUUUUAAAUCAGACUCCUAGUUGUUUUGUGGAAUUUGGGACAAAAGGAAAUCAUAUGGUAUAACAGUGUAAGCAAAAUCCAAGCAGAUGUUAGGUUUCACAGGCAUACACUAGAGAUGUUUGAGCUGCAUACAAAUUAUAGGUAAUUUUUCUGAAAGGAAGUUAGCACACCCUGAUUCAUGCUGUCCAAGUUAUAUUGAAAGCAGUAAUCUUAGCCUUAUGAGUGUUAUUUUGUAAAGAACACAAGUGUUUUGGAAAAAUGACACAAACGUGCUAUUAGCUCUUACCGCGUACUGCUUAACACAAGAUCUCCGGUUUUAGUAAUCUAGUUUUAUGUCUUUGAGGUUUGACUAUUUUGCACAGACGGCUCCGUAAAUAAAAGUCGGAACAAAAACAGUAAGUUUUAUCUCACUUAUUCAAUAGAUUGUGAAUAUAUACAGUGGUCUGUGUGAUAAAAGGUCGCUUUCAGAUAUAUAUAACUGUGGGAUAUAUAUAUAUAUAUAUAUAUAUAUAUAUACACAAGGAAAUUGUGUGAUUUAAUACACUACUACGCUUAUGAUUUGCUACUACACUCUAGUGGGAAUCCUUCUCACCCACCUUAAACAUGCAAAAAAAAAACAGUGGAAGGGAGCCUAAAUGCCGCCAAGCUCAAAAGUGGAGCGUAAGUGGUAUUGAUGUGACCAUCUAGCGUAACUGGGAGGACAAAGUUCUUCUGGAGCCUGGAAAAGAGAAAACUAUAUAGUGUAGAAACAUUUACCAGCGUAUAGUAUAUAUAGUGUAAUUAGUCCAACUCACAUGGACAUGAGCCAUGCAAAGACAGGCUCAAAUCAUAAGCGUUGUAAUGUAUUAAAUCACACAAUUUUCUUGUAGCUCCAAUGUUAUGGCAAAUAUCCUCAAAGGGAAAGCAGAAAGAAAAAAGAACAAACUCCUCGUGAAGUAUAUCUGGACAAAUAUAACAGUAAUUAUGUGAUGGGCUUAUUAUACAGGUGGGCUAAUAAGUAAGACGAGGCUUGGGGUGAAUUAUAUCUUUGCUAGAAAAAGAGCCAAGAUUGUGGGUCACAUGGCAGUGGCCUUUUUUAAAGAGGGCAAAUGUAGGUAAAACAGGUCUAAAAGACCAAAAAUGGGUGUCAUGGCAAAAAUGGGUGUAAUAGAAAAAUAUGCAUAAAGGAUGAAAAUCUUUGUUUACUCACUUGUGAGUAAUGUGUACAUUUUACUUAUGCUGCUGAAGAGGUUAUGACAAACUAACAUCCAAAAGGUGGGGAUUAUACCACCCUCUGCCUGAACCAUUGUGACAUAAGCUCACCUCUUGUGCCAUCUGCCAUCUUGUGCCAUCUGCCAUCACACUAUUGUACUUUCUUCUCUCCUUUGUGUAUUAUUAUAUAUCCAUCACUUAAUACCACUGAAGUCAUGCAUGAAACAUAUGUAUCCAUAAGUGGGAAAUAUAUUACUGCACGCUUUUGAGUCUGAAGCUGGUUUUAAUCUCCAUUAUAUGUGAGUGGUCAUUCACACAUUUUUGUUGUGUCCUCUGAUUAUUGCAAUAUACCGCACCAUUGGUUCUUUUCUCUCUCUUUCUUUACUGUACAUACAAAAUAUUUAAGUCCUAGAAGAAGAUAGAUCACCUGGCAGAAAGUGAAAAUUCUAGACCUUGUCCCUUGGACUUUUUUUAACUUUCCAUUUUAACACAUUAUGCAUCUAAUAUUAGGUGCAUCCUGUUGUAUUGGUCUUUUAUGCUACCUUAUCUACCUGCUAUUUAGACAUUCCUCUCCAAAUAUUUUGAGGUACCCAUUAUUGUGCAUCUCCUGGGCCCCAUUAUUACCCUUUACUUUGUUGCCAGAGUGAUGAAGCAUGGGGUAGCGACCACGUAGGCCCCUCUGCAGUAUUUUUGUGGGCCAGGCGACUCUUACUUAUUUACUUUAUUUAUUUAUUUUGUAUGUUUCAUUGCUGCAGUGUAGAGCAGUAUACUGCACUAUUCUAAGCUGCAGCACUUAAAGAGUUAACUUUGUUGUCCUGCAGGUCCGAUCUGCUCUUAAUGACAUUACUACCUCUCAUGGCAGUCCAAUUAAAUUUUCAUAGAGAAGCAUUAUUGAACCUAAGACACAUGUGCAAUAAUCACGCUCACUCAGCCAGCGAGGUAGAGGAAAGGAUUGAGGAAGGUUAGCAGGGGGACAGUAUGGGCAAUCUAUACAGCAUUGUCAGCAUUUACAGAUAUAUUUUAUGCACAGAAUUCACAUUACUCAGCCUAGGCUGCUAAUUAUGCUGCAGGAACUGGAAAUACACCUCUGCCAGCAAACUCAGAUAUCUCUAUAUCAUACAGACACCUUACACCAUGACCACUUUGAAACACUGAAGUGGUCACAGUGCUUGGAGUAACCCCUAAAUAGUGAUCUACAUUACUAUUGUUUUUCAUGCUGUAUGUUAAAGUUACCUGGUGACUUUAUCUAAGAUGAAAAAAUGCUGAAGUCUAUCACAUUCAAGCUUUUACGCAUCUGUUUCUUCUGGUGAUCUUAAAGAAGUCUUCAAAAUACACUUAUCUCUGCUUAAAUGUCACACAAUCUGUGUAGCCAUAACAUCAUUAUUCUGUAACGAGUUGACAUGACCAUUGCUGUUAUGUCACCAAAUUAAUACAAUUUAAAUAGUUGUUUCGACUAUAGAUGUUUCAACCUUUCUAUCAUUUAUAUUCUACUAUUUAUCAUUGUAUAGAAAGUACUGUUAGGAGUAAUUUUCAUUAAAUUAUUAUUCACUUGGUUGUAUUUCACUAGUUAAAGCGACAGUUUAGGCACCAUAACAACCUAAUCCAAAUUAAGUUUUUAUGGUGUAAGAAGGCCCCUGGACGCACUCUUGCCUGACGAUAAGCUUCCUAAAAUUGUGACUUCAGAAGCCAGAUGUCAUCUGGGUGGCCUGAGAAUCAGUGCUGCAGGCUCACUUUGAAAUUAAACCGUUUGAGAACUGUAUAACCCCUUAAGGUAAAAGUGCACCCGUGGGCCUCCUGGCACAAUAACUACUUAAUUUAGCUGGAGUUGUUGUGGUGCCUAGCGUUCCCCUUUAAGUUUGGAACUACUUGGUUAUCAGAAUUGAUAGAUUGAUUGAAGACAGUUGAAACCUUCCUGGAAUCUUUGGGAACAGAUUUUGAUUUACAGUUUAUCUUUAUAUUCAAUUCAUGUUGUCUGCACAGCUGUUACAUAAGAAUUAUUUAUGUAUAAAAUCUGUCCAGAGUUACAGGAAACUGAGUAAAGAAAUAUGCUCAUGCAAGCCAUCUAUGCAGGCAAAACAUUUAGAAGAAUUGCAUAUGAGUGUAAAUAUCUCCUGCUUUCAUGUCUUACAGGAAUUUUCAACGAUCAAGAAUGCAAAUGUGGAACCAGCACCUGGGGAAAAAGUUUUAAAUGACACAAAAAUGUUAAGAGAACAGAAAUUACGACUAAGAGAAAUAGAUCACCAGAUUAAGGAAAUACAAAGAAACAUGAGUUCAUUGUCAGCUUCAUCAUCUGUAUGUGGUGAAUAGUUUUAUAAUUUUGUUAAUUUCAUGUUAAUCAUUUAGUUUCGAUACAUGUUUUAUUCUGUUAUGUUUUAUUUUCUGGUUUAUGUUUUAAUCUCUAGAAUCGCAGUAAGGUAAUUUUGACACCUAUUAGGGG